GGCACCUGCUCAUCUGCGCUCUCCCUCCGGGCCAAAGGGGCGGAAGGAGGGACCCUGGCCGGAGCAGCUGCCCCAUUGGCCCCCUCUGCCUCGGAGGAGCGGCGACGCUGGGCGGAAGCGGGUCCCCCCUGUCCCUGCCCGGGGCUCCCUCUCAGCCGCAGCUCGCCCUGCCUCCCGAUCGCGCCUCUGAGGCUGAGCCGGGGUCAGGGCGAGGGGAGCCGCGGGCGGGCGGCCGCUGGGCUGGCUGGCGCGCGGAGGCAGCUCGCAUGUGGUCAGUGCCGCCGCGCCGCCGCUAAGCCAGCCCCCGGCUCACGUUACACACUCCUGUAUUUAUAACCUCGGCGAGCCGCUUCCCCCUCGGAGCACUUGCGCGGGACCACCUCCUUUCUGCCGCCGGCGGACAGCGCGCCGAUCGGGAGCAUCCGAUCGAGGCCCCGCUCGGGCGCACAAGCCCUGGAUUAUUGGCGAGCGCGCAGCGGCGGCGGCGGCAUCUGGUGGCUUGGGGGGUGGCUGGCUGGGAGGAGAGCGCAGCGCCCCGGCGCCUCUUGAACCGCGGGCUUCCCUUGGCAGCGGGGCCGCCUUGCGCGCCGCCAUGGAUCACACGCUCUUCGGCUGCCUGCGCAGCCCGCACCAUGCCCCGGGCCAGGGCUUGCACCCCUUCUCGCAGUCGGCACUCGCCCUGCACGGCCGCUCCGACCACAUGUCCUACCCGGAGCUCUCGCCUUCGGCCUCCUCUUGCAUCAUCGCGGGAUACCCCAGCGAGGAGGGCAUGUUCGGCAGCCAGCAUCACCGGGGGCACCACCAUCACCAUCACCAUCACCACCACCAGGCGCAGCAGCAGCAGCAACACCAGCCAUUGCAGACGAACUGGCACAUUCCGCAGAUGGCUUCGCCGCCGCCGCCGCCGCCUCCCCCUCCGCCGCCCUCCGCCUCGGCCAGGCACAGCCUGUGCCUGCAGCCCGACUCGGGUGGACCGCCGGAGCUGGGCAGUAGCCCCCCGGGACUGUGCUCGAACUCAUCCAGCCUGGGGACCAGCACCCCGACGGGGGCGGCGUGCGCUCCGGGAGAUUAUGGCAGGCAGGCGCUGUCCCCGGUGGAAACCGAGAAGCGCGCGGGCAAGCGGAAAAGCGACAGCUCAGGUAAACGCGCCCCUCGUGUCUUUUCUUGGGUGGGUAGGUGGGUGGGGUCGGGGGUCGAAAAGGGGAAACCCACCCCCAGGUGGAUCGGGCUGUUGGCGAAGAAAGUGGCCUCAUCUUUGGUGCGCUCCUUUGGUGAGGUUAAGUCACCUUUUGGGGAGACGCGGAGAGCGCUUCGCAUCGCCUUCUAGACCUUUCAUCGCGGGGAGAGAGAUGCAGGGACCAUCAGGUGGUGGACCAUAAAAUCGUUGGCCGGCGGGGCGGGGUGGAGAGACUCGCUUCGGAAUCCGGAUUAGCGUGUGCAUCUCUGACACCAGGGUUUCCAUUCAGUCCACCUUUCCCCAGAUUUUUGUUUCCCUCCCGUUCAGAGUCGCAGGCUGCUGCGCGCUUUUGGAAGAAGCGCCACGAGCAGUCAUGGAGCCCGUUUCUCUUUAGGGCUGCCUAAUAUAUAACUGAACCAUGCAAGUUCUAUCCCUGGAAGAAGUUUGUAGUUAUUCUUUUGGUUGGUUUUAUGGAUCAAGAGGGUUACACACAAAUAUGUAAACAGUUUUAUGUAUAAAAUGAGAGUCCUGCCUCUGAAAAGCACAUAAACUGAUAAAUUAGAAGUACAUGUUUCAGAUGUUUACAGUACUACUUGUGUAAUAGAUACAAUGUAAAUUAUAUCAUACACAUAGUGCAACUUCUUCAGGUAGAGACUACAAACUGAAUAGUAUGUAUACUAUUUAAAUACCCGCAAUAAAUGCUACUUUUUAUACCGUACAUAGUCUUGUAUAAAGAGCAUAAAGCAUUAUUUAGGAAGAAAUAGAAGUGAAUUUCAAUUUUGAUCAAUAACAAUGUAAAGCAAAAAGUGUAGAAUUUCUGCAAUUACAUUUCAGUUCUUAAGACAUUUACUUGAAAUUAAAUUCAAUAUAUUUAAAUUUAGUGGUAUUCUGUGAUCAGAUGCAUUUACAUGGAAGUUCCAGUCACUUCAGAGUUUAUUUUAUACGUCCUAUAGUUUUAAAGCUAAAUUUGACAUGUGCAUUUAUCUGGAUUGCAUAUCUUCUACAACAAAUUCUGUGAUUCUGUAAAAUGAUUUAAAUAUGCUACAAAAUUCCAAGUGGGAAGCUAGAAAUGAAAGAUGUCAGUCCCAUAGUAAAACUGUUAAAGGUAAGAUGUGCUUGUGCGCACACAUGCACACACACACACACACACACACACACACACAGAGGAAGAUAAAUGAAGCAAUGCUUAGAAAGAGAAAGUAAUAGGCGUGUUCAGACAGUAUGAAAAGUUCACAAGGAAAGCCUUGACCUUGUCUCGUGUCAUUUAUAAUUGCUAGAAUAAGUAGUAGAAAACUCAUACUUGAAAUUGUCUGCAUUUUGUAGUUUUAUAUCCUUUUUGAGCAAUUUUCUUUGCCAAUUAUUUUACAGUUGUAGUUUCUUAUUAUUUCUAUCUUGCAAUUUAUGAGGAAAAGGUCUUGUUGAUCUGAGAACACUGAAUUAUCUGCAAACAGAAAUUGUAUAUUUAUAUAAAGAGUGAUUAAUUAAUUUUUUUCACAUGUUUAAGUUGGUAAUUUAUUAUUAUUAUUUCAAGGAGAAAUAAUUUUUAAUUGGCAGAAGAAUAAGAAGGAAAACUUCAUACAAUGCAAAAUGUUAAGAAAACAGCUCAUCACAAUUCAAGGAAAAUAUUAAUAUUUAGCUGUUAUUGAAAUCCAAAAACUCAUAUAUUUAAAGUUGAGUUGCAGUGAGUAAUAUUCUGUAAUACAAUUAACCCAAAGUAAAACACAAUCCUAAAUAUAUUCAUAGGAACAGGAAUACUGUUUAGGAUUACAGCGUUAGAUCCAUGUCAUAUCAAACAUUACCUAGAAAAGGCAAUUUAGUGAAACUGACUUCCCAGUAAUCUGUAUAAGAAUGCUGGCAUAAAUUUGUCUAAAUUAUUGAAAUUCUUCACUAUUAUAGACUUCAUUAUACAAAUAAAGCCAUCACGGCUUAUUUCAGAACAGUAUAUGUAACAAAACAUGCUUAACAAUGGAUGGCAAAUACCAUUUUAAAUUAGUCCAGUUACAUAGUUUUGAACAUUUCAAAAGGUUUUUUGGCAGAAUUUUAUUCAGUAUAUGUAAAUUAUAUAUUUUUGUUUUCUGCUUCAAAUUGGUGUAUCUUUCUGACAUAAUUGAUAUAAUGAUUUUUGUGGGGGUCACUUUCGCAUACAAAUAGAGAUUAGAUUUCAAAUUGCUAUUUCAUUUUCUUUGAAACUUGAACGCCUAUAGACCUAUACAUAUGUCUAUCACGCUUGUACGUUAGAAAAUUUUUAUGUACAAAUAACUAGGGCAAUGCCUAAGGUGUAGAUUCUAAACAGGCAUGAAUUAGACCAUUGCAUUUGUUAGAACCUCUAUAUCCCAAAGAACUCAGUAGAGUCUUUCCCAAAAUGUAUCUGCGUGUAUUUACAGUGGUGCUGACAAUGAACAAUUGUAAGUAAUUUUCUUCAUCUGGCAUCGCUGUUGUACAAAUUUUUCUUCCAUUAGAAACCCUAUCAGUAGCAAAAGCAAAGUGUUUGUGUUUUGGUACACUGGUAGUCAUAACUUGCAACAGUAGGUACCUUUGCAGAGCAAUGAAUAGACUUAAAUCUUGCCCUUGUCUUGUAUUGACUUUCAACAGGUUAUAAGGACCUUUGUAUUUGACUGAUUGCAGUAGCAUCACAGGAAACUGUCAUCUGUUUCCAACAUGAUCUGUACAUGAUAUCAUGAUGGGAAAUUCAGUCAUCAAAACUAGCAGACAACUGCUGACAGUUCCUCCAUGUGUCCGCAGUAGCUCGCUUUUGAUAGUAUCUUUCGCUGAUGUAAUAUAACCUAGCAUGAGAAAAACAACAAUCUUUAAUCAGUUUAACUUCUUUCCUUUUAAAUGAUCUGUGUUGUCCAUCACUGCACCUCUUUCUUAUCAAAACCUCUGAAUUCAACACUGUAGUGCUGAGUGUUUGUGUAAUAAUUGUGGGUAUAUGUUGCAAACAAAUUUAAAUUUAAAUGCGGGGGUUAAUUCACCUAUGUUAAUGAGGAUAACAAUGGCCAAGUAGAAGCCUUUAUUCAUUUUAUUUAGCAUUUAUUUAUUUGAUCUGUCAUGCAAAAUGAAUCCUUACGUAUGCUACAGUGUAUCAAACAAUUUUCAUCUCUAGCUUUCUGUCUACACUUAUCUUUAUUUCACUGUUGGUUAAAAUGUAGUUUAUAGUUAGAGAUGAAUACAAGCAAUCCACUUUUACAAAGGACUUGCACUUUAUAAUCAAGCCGGGCCUGUUUAAUUCAGUGGUUCUUGCCUUGCAAGUAACAAGAUGGAGUUUGAAAUGUAAAUCAUUUUAUUAUUUAUUUUGGACUGCUUCUUGACCCACCUGAUAAGCUGUCCUUAGAGCUUCUUAAAUAUCAGAUAUUAUCUGGGAGACUUGAAUGGCUAAAUGUAAUAAGAAAGCAAUUUUAUACAGUAAGAAUAUGGAAAUACUUUUUUUUUUAAAAAAAGGAAAUAUUAUUUGAUAGCAUUUUGAACUAUAACAGUUACAUAUUUAAGAAAGUACAUGUUGAAAAAACAAUUUAAAACUAAAUAAAUAAAAGUCUCCAAGUCAGUUCUUAGAAUUCAUUUAAUACAGGCAACAAAAUUAGGCAUUUGCAAACUGUUGAAUGCUGUGCCAACUAAGAAUUUGAGGAAGGGUGAUAUGGAAGGAGAAAUUAAUAUUCAGUAAUAUUAAAUAUAUUAAUUCCAAAAGUAAACAAAUGAUAACAAGGAAGGUUUAUAAAAUAUCCUCUGCAUAUUGUAAGUUUUGCUGAUCACUUCCAUAUACCUUGAUUCUAGACUUCCCUACAUUAUUAACUGAUGAAUAAACACGUUUCCUUACUUAUUUUCCAUUGGCAUCAGUAGGAUUUGUUCCCCAUUAUACCUAUUUGGGAAAGCUUCUUAAUUAUUUAAAAUAAUGACGAAACUAUUUUUUCCAUGUUCAUGAACUAUUUUGCAACCCUGAGAUCCAAGCUUAAACUACCACAUGCUAUCCUAACACCACACAGAAUUAGGUAUCCUUAAAUCCACUGGAAUCAAUGACUGAUAAUUCUGUAAUAAUCUGUUUAGAACCUGGUACAUACUACUGUUGCACAAUUUGAAUUAAGUGACCUGGAGUCUUGCAUAAACUCCAAACAUUGUGCAGUGGUAGCAUUUGAUGGAUUACUUCCAAAAUAUUUGCGAUAAUUUCCAAGAAAUGCCUUAAAAAAUACAUAUACCAGCGUACUUAUUAAAAAUAUCGCUUAUGAGAAAAUGAUUUGAUAAAUGCCUGCUAAUAGUGUGAUUUUUUUGUUGCUUUUAAUGAUUAUUCUACAAAGCAUUUUGGUGUAUAUACACACGCAUGCAUACACAUAGCAUAAAGGAUUCAUCCGAGUUCUCAAACUUUUCAGCAUGCUUCUACAGUACAAGCACAAUAUAUUUACUAUGUGUGUUUUUCUUUCAGACAGAGGUAAUCUGUUCAUUAUGCUUGGUUUUUUUUAUUAUUAUCAACAUAUCAUUCAUCUUGAACAAAAACACCGAAUCCUACAGGCCAGGAACCAAAGAUGCGAUAUAGGCGCAUCUUAAGAGCUAGAAUCCAAAGAAUAGCACAACUCAUUCUGCGUUCUCAUGGGGGACAUUGGGCUUGUGUUUCUCAAACAUCACCUCCCCAUACCAAAUGGCAAACCACUUUUGAAAUUAAGGGGACUUUUAAAAGCACAUUUUAUAUGGCACAAUGGGUGGUCUGGUGCUCAAAGAAGAAGAAGAAAUUAAAAUCCCCACAUGUCCCAGCCUUUGGCAUACCUAAAUUAGUUCUUUUAACCCCAGCCAAGGCCAUAUGUGUGCCCACUCCCCCCUUUUGAGCAGCAGACUACAACACCAUAUCAUUACAAGCUGCUUUUGAAAAUUUCCCUGAAUUCAAAAGUAGCUUUUCCUGUAGUCUUCGGGGUUGCUUUCCAAUAUACAUGAACCCAAAGUAAACUAGUUAUCACAAAGAAAGAGAGAGGGAGCGAUGCUUUACUGCGUUUUGCUGUAGGAUUCUAAACAGAUAUGACUGUAUCGUAGAUACGUCUUGAUUCGGGCCAAAACUUUGGCGUAAUUAGAUUAAUCAAAUAUUUCGCUGAUAACAUAGUAACUUUGAAACAAUUCCUACAAAUACAGGGCCAAAUACAAAUCCUACCAUUAGGCAGCCUCCUAUUAUGUGUUGUUAUUGCCGGGGAAGCUGAAAGGGGCUUAUGGGAGCUUCUGCCUCAAGUAGCAAAAUAACUUGGUCAACCUUGAUGGGGAUGGGGAGCUUGAUGUCCCACCUGAGGCAGCUAAAUGCAUCGGGCCAGCCCUACUAACCCAAAUCCAAAAUGUGGGAUAUGAAAAUAAAGCCCAUUGAUUACAGUAGCACUUAUUUCUAGUAGCACAUUGUAUGUGUGGGUAUUCUGCUAGGCGUAUGGAACUCUGAAACAUGCAAGGAAGGGAUUUCCCAUUUAGAAUAGUAUGAAACACCUAUCAGAGUGUGCGCCUCUGUGAUAAGUCGGAGCUCCCGAAAGUGGAAACUGCAUGUUUCCUUGAACUUUAUAUGUAUAUUGAAUGGAGCUCUAGAUUAGGAUGGACACAUUUAGGGUUGGAGUUUCUUUUUGUGAGUCAAAACACAAAUAACACAAGUGCCUGCUUUUAAAGGCAAAAAAUAUUACUUUGAAUAUGCUUAUAAUUAUAAUGCAAUUAUUCUUAAUAUGAAAAUAUGAAAUGCUAUACAGUGGUACCUUGGCUUAAGAACUUAAUUUGUUCCGGUGGUCCACUCUUAACCUGAAACUGUUCUUAACCUGAGUUACCACUUUAGCUAAUGGGGCCUCCCACUGCCGCUGCACCGCCGCAGCCAUGCGAUUUCUGUUCUCAUCCUGAAGCAACGUUCUUAACCUGAGGUACUAUUUUUGGGUUAGUGGAGUCUGUAACCUGAAGUGUCUGUAUCCUGAAGCAUCUGUAACCUGAGGUACCACUGUAUUAGUUUAAGUUUCUAAACAAGACAUUUUUAUUUACAGUAUAUUUUUCUAAUGCUUUUCAUGAAUAUUAUAAUUACGCAUUAGAAGAUAAGAUCAUUUUAGUACGAAGUGGUUUUUGAAUCAAUGUGCAAUUCUGUGCUCACUUAUUUUGGAGUAACCUCCAUUGAACACAGUGCGAUCACACUUGGAACUAUGCUGUGUGAAUGAUAAAACCCACUACUUUCCAAAGAACAACUUGAGACAUACUCUAGAGCAGUCUUCCUCAACCUGGUAUCCUCCAGAUUUUGUUAGAUGACAACACCCAUCAGCUCCAAGUAGCGCAGCCCCGUAAUCAGGGAUGAUGGGAAUUGUGGAACCUCGGGAGGGCACUGGGUUGAAUUAGGCUGUUUGCAUUUAUACAUAGGAUUUUUUUUUUAUAUUUAGUUUCAACAUCUAACCACCAUGUCCCUUGUCUUAUAAUGUGGUGUAAGAAACUAUGAUUUUUUAAAAAGCACAGUUCAAAAGCAUAUGCAGGUACUAAAAACAAGUUGCGUGCUUUUCUGACUUUUCCCUAUGAUACAUCAAAACAGCUUUAAAAUAAUGGAAGUGCAUUAAAAUACUUUUGGAAUUUUAAAAACUUUUAGGUUGUGUUCUGAAUGCCCUUACUAGAGAAUAGCCCUCACUGCAUUCCAUUGGACUAUACUGCUUCCAGAUGACUUGUUUAUUCAGCAUUCUUUGUGAUUUGUUUACUAGGAGGUUAGAUGAUGUUGCACCAAAACAAGUGUUAUCCCACACUCUCCAAUGCAUUUCCCCAACACUUUCCUUAUUGCAGAAGGUCUGAUCUUUCAGGGGAAAGGAUAUGUUGUGGAAGACUUCCCGAUCCACUAUAAUUGGGUAAGCUAAAUUUGCCAGUAUGGAACUGAAUCUCACCUGCAAACAAUGCCGGUCUGGAAGGAUCCUUACUUCUCAGUAAACUUGAGUAAAAAUUAUGCUGUAUAAUCUCAUUUGCUUGGAAGAAUAGUACAUGGAUUUCAACUGAACUUAAUUUUACAAAUCAGGGUAGGAGAUAAUACACGGCCUGUGCAAACGGUAUGAGAUUGCUUAGUUCAGUAUGAGACCAUAUAAGACAAAGGCAAGUUAAGUUUUGCUUAUGUGUUGAUACUUCAAAUUACUUUCUGUUUUUAUGCAUUAUAGAAUUCGAAUGCUUAUCUAGUUUGGGUUUGUCUUGUAGUAAAAUGCCUUUAACUGCCAAUAAGUCCCCAUCUUUAAUCUGAACUGGCUAGUAACACACCCAAGCAAAGUUGCAUUGAGACAAUUGCACAUUUAAGACAUACUGGUAAUUAAAGAAAAAUGUGUACCUUUACAGUGGUACAGUAUAAUUUUAUAUAUACUCCUGGCCCAGAAUAAUUUUACGCCUAUCAUUUACAAAUUAAAUUCCUUUUGUUUUAUCCUUACUUCUCUUUAUCUGUUGUCAUGUUGGCAAGCGAAGAUAGAACCAUAGCAAAUUGAGCAUUCUUUAAUAUUUUUAGGGUCAGGAUAAAUUGCAGUGUUGUUUUUUUUAAUUAAAAAAAAUAGAAAAUUCGGGGGGGGGGGGGGAUCUGCUAUAUAGGCCAGUUUCUAACCAUUACAAAUAGUUUCCACUGCAUUUUGAACAUAAUGAAAACAAUGAAUUUUAUUUUACCUUGUACUCUUUCCCUCCAACCGUCAUAUAAAAGCCAGGUUGAACAGUCAACCAUAGUAAGCAGCAGCUGCUUAAAUGCAACUCUAUCCGCUUGCUUUGUGCUCAGAAGAAAAUCUUAUGUGGAUUGCUGCAAAUAAUGUUAGCAACUGCAAAUAGGUUGCUGUUUUGAGCAAACCUACUGGCAUACAUGAGGUUUGCUCAGAGAUCAGGAAUUAUCCUCAAUAGCAGUUGGUGAUAUAAGGGGAAGAAGAGGGGCAACAGCCACUUCUCCCCACUGGGUAUGAAAGGGCCAGUUUUCUGUACUAGAUGAAAUACCAUAUUUGGGAUUUAUUAUUCAUAUGGUUCCAAAAAAUAAGUCUGAUGAAGCUCUUCAUUUGUAAUAUAUUUUAAUGCAGUAAACUGACUUAGCCAUGUGAAAGCGAGUAAAGUAGGAAAGAGUUUAUCUGACUUUCAGUACUGAACCUAGUUGUCAGACUUAGGGGUUCUGUUUGGGUGCAGGGUACACGGGUGCAGAAAACGCAGGAUGGUCCUUUCCUUCUGCUAUUAAACCCGAUAUUUAUAAACAAGUUUAUUUUAGAUGGAGAUCCUGUUGGGACUGCAGCUUUAGUGAACCUGGGAUAUGCCUUCAGUUUCAGCAACAGGUGGAGAAUAGCGGUAGGAGUUGAGGUGAGCCAGGAGAAUAAGGGUGGAGAGUUUAUUUAUUUUCUUUACUGCAGAAUAUUAUUUUAAAACGUGCUAGUAAUUAUGCAGAGGCAGUAGUAAAAAGGCUUUAACUACAAAGCUUAAUGUUUGUAUAUUCCUAAUGAGUGUGUAACCCAUGGUUGUUUACAGUGGAAGGGGCCUGUGCCUCCUAUCAUUCAGUCUGCCAGCAUUAAAGCAGCUUUUACAGAAGUUGCAGAACCCCUUUAAAACAGUAGAAGAACAGCAAGGAAACCAGGAUAUUUGAAUUAGUUUCAGUAGCUAUCCUUUCCCAUUUGGAUCUACUCCACUGCAGCUCAUGCUGUUUUUUUGACAGAUAUUGCAAGAUUUUUUUUUAAUGGUCUCGUUAUAACUAAAAUUUGGUUGGCAUCCAUCUGUCUUGGGAGACAGUGAGGGAUUGCACCUUUGGGGGUGAAGUCAAACUGUUGGAAGGUUACAGUGUCUGCUGUGGCUGUAGAUACUAGUACAGGAGAAAACAUGUUUUAUUGUAGCUGGGGGCAGAUGAAGGUGCCCAGUUGUGCUACUGCAGAUGUACCAUGGUGCUUUUUCUCUUUGCGCUCCUCCCAGCAGUCAUUCCUCCUCUGGUCACUGCUAUGGAGGCAUGACCCAACUGACUGUCUCUAGGCGCUGCGAUUCCCACAUGGCAGGAUUGCCAACCUUCAUGUCACGUUUGCAGACAUCUUCGUAACAUGUCUGCCAGCAGGCCUGGUGCUUGAAGCCAGCUUCCGAAGACCAUACUUGGAUUCAACUAAUACCACCCAGGGAAACUACCCUGGAAGCCAAAUAAGCAUUAAAAGGAAAAGAUUUUGCUAAUAAGAAACUUCUUUCUGGUAUGACAGGAGGAAAAACUAAUGAAUACACAUGCAGGGUUGUACUCAAGUAAGUCAUAAUCAGAGUAGAAUCAAGGGGCACGACUAACUUAAGUACACUGAAAAUGAAUAUGAGUGAAAAUACUAUGCACCACUAAAUGCAGGUGCUGUUCUUUGUGAGUUAUCCACAUAUUUGUAUAGUCCUUUUCUUGACCCCUCAAGAGGUUGUACAUUCAGCCACUAAUAAUCCCCCCAUUCCAGGUAGAUAGUAAAUCAGUGGGUCUAUAAUAAUUUUCAGCAUUGACAAGAGAACUACAAUUUGCACAAGAAAUUGAGCCUACCACAUUGCUCCCUUAAAAGGAGAAAAAUUGUGCUGUGUAGCUCAUCGUCAACAAUGUAUUUAAAAAUCUCCGAAGUUUGUCAUAGGAUUGAAAUCUAGUAGCUUUCUCUGUGUGUAUACAGGUGGAAACAAUGUAGUUAUACAUCAAGACUUCCAUAAAGAAACUUCUUGUUAUUUCUAGUUUGAGUAUUACUGCAAUGUGCAUGUGUUUAAAUCUAGUAAAUAAAUGGAUGUGCACAAUUCAGCAGAUGUUUCUUCCUCUAAGAAAGAGUUUCAAAAUAGGCUAAAGUGGUCAUGGCAUAGAAAGGAAUAUAUGGAUAGUUUUUAAAACAUAUCUGCUGGAAGCAGGGAGUGAGACCAUUCUUUUCAUUUCUGUUCUCAAAAAUAUAGGAGAUUUUGCCAGGCUCAUCACCUGGUUAUGGGCCAGCUUUUGAACCAGUGGAUCUACUGCCAGCUCUUCCUUGACCCCAUAAUGGCCUGUUUUGUUGAGUGGGUUGGUGGUUUCUACUGACUUUUGCAGGUGGUAGCUUCCUGACUGCCUGUACUUUCAGCAAGUGCAGCGAGGACUUUCAUGGCAGCAGAACCCUCCUGCAGUAGCGUGGUUUGGGGAUUGUUCCCGAAGGCUGCAGUCCUGAGUCCAGUUACCUGGGAGAAUGGAAUAGGAAUAGACAUGGUUAGCAUUGUGCUGUAACUCUGUUCUCUGCUUGUUUUCCGUUUCAAAUUAUCAAAGCUGUCCUUCAUGGUUUCCAAGCUGUGCUUUCUGGAAAAAAGACACUGGAGGAUUUUGAUUUAUAAUUGCUCUUUGCUAUUGAUCUCCUGUAACCAAGGAAACUAUAAACACUUCCCUAUGUCAUGUGAGCAACAUAUUAAAUUAGAAACAACUUUUUUAAAAAGAAAAGAAAAGAAAUGUCCUUGAUUUCAGCUUUGUGCAUCUUAAAUAAUAAACAUAACCUCUCAGUUAAACAGACCUUUGUGUUCUGAUCUCGAAGGAGUUCUGAUAGACUUAUCACAAAUGCCUUUGUCUUUUUAAUGGACAGAGCAAUCCAAAAGAGUAGGGACCCAGCACAUUCCAAACUCCAUUCAGGAGCAAGGCAACUGGCUGCUGAGCCAACCUGAGCCUGGAGAGGGGAAACAAGCCUUUAAACUAAUUUGACUUAUGCCAUCCUUUUUACGGUGCAGCUUCCACUGGAUUGCUAGGUCAUGUGACCAAGCUCAAUAGGGUUUGGGAUGGGAGUAAAUUUCCCCCUGUUCUAUCCUAUACAAGACCCCUUUUUGGCAACUUAGCUCAGCCGCUUUCAGAUUACCUGGUUGAGCCCCAGCUGAGCUGACACGUAACAAGAUGAAGAGGGCCGGCUCAAGACAUUUUGCUGCCUGAGGCAAGAUGGCAUCCUCCCCCAAGGCCCAUACAGAAGACAGUUGGACUGGCAAUUUAAUCUUAAUCCAAUAUUGGUGAGAUGAAAAUAUAGCCCACCACACUUGAGAGCAGCAUAGGGGGUACAGGCCACAUGGCUGUCACAACUUUUUACCACAUGGCAGCUGCCUCACUCUGCCUCAUCAUAGGGCCAGCCCUGUGGAUGAAGGAAUUCGGCCUGUAUGGCUUUGGCUGAGCCCAGGCUCAUCCCAGCUGAGCCAGAAAUCUCUCUAUUCCAAACUCCACGCACCCCAGAGGAUACUGGGUUUGAAUGGCUUCCUAAAAUACUAAGAAAAAUACAGGAACCCUUUGAAGAGAUGGGUGAUUAAAGAUUAGAAGAUAGUGGAAUUAAGCAUAGUAACUCAGCCAAACUGUAUUUUUCAUAGGUACAGUGGUGCCUCGCAAGACGAAAUUAAUUCGUUCCGCAAGUUUUUUCUUCUUGCGAGUUUUUCGUCUUGCGAUGCACGGUUUCCCAUAGGAAUGCAUUGAAAAUCAAUUAAUGCGUUCCUAGGGAAACCGACUUCAGACCAGGUCCGGGGACAGUCUGUCCCCCGACCUCUUCUGAAGGCUGGGGGACAAGGGCUUUUCUUCCCACCCCCAGCAUUUUAAAAACCCGGGACAGCGGAGAGCUUCUCCGCUGUCCGGGGCGAUCUUAAAAUGCUGGCGGGCGGCAUUUUAAAGUUGCCCCGGGACAGCGGAGGACUUCUCCGCUGUCCGGGGCAAUUUAAAGCUCCUGGGAAGGCAGGCAGGGGGACAAGACUUUUGCCCCCGCCAGCCUUCAGAAGAGGUCCUGGACCUCUUCUGAAGGCUGGCGGGGGCGAAAGUCUUGUCCCCCCACCUGCCUUCAAAAGCUGUCCAGCCAAGGCUUCGCGGACCUCUCCGCAAGCAGCGGCAGCACUGCCGCUGCUUGCGGAGAGUUGCCGGCAUGCCGAAGCCUGCGCGCGCUGAGAUCAGCGCGCCCAGGCUUCGCGGACCUCUCCGCGAGCAGCGGCAGCGCUGCCGCUGCUCGCGGAGAGUUGCCGGCAUGCCGAAGCCUGGGCGCGCUGAGAUCAGCGCGCCCAGGCUCGCGGACCUCUCCGCGAGCAGCGGCAGCGCUGCCGCUGCUCGCGGAGAGUUGCCGGCAUGCCGAAGCCUGCGCGCGCUGAGAUCAGCGCGCCCAGGCUCCGCGGACCUCUCCGCGAGCAGCGGCAGCGCCUGCCGCUGCUCGCGGAGAGCUGCCGGCAUGCCGAAGCCUGCGCGCGCUGAGAUCAGCGCGCCCAGGCUUCGCGGACCUCUCCGCGAGCAGCGGCAGCGCUGCCGCUGCUCGCGGAGAGUUGCCGGCAUGCCGAGCCUGGGCGCGCUGAGAUCAGCGCGCCCAGGCUUCGCGGACCUCUCCGCGAGCAGCGGCAGCGCUGCCGCUGCUCGCGGAGAGCUGCCGGCAUGCCGGAGCCUGCGCGCGCUGAGAUCAGCGCGCCCAGGCUUCGCGGACCUCUCCGCGAGCAGCGGCAGCGCUGCCGCUGCUCGCGGAGAGUUGCCGGCAUGCCGAAGCCUGCGCGCGCUGAGAUCAGCGCGCCCAGGCUUCGCGGACCUCUCCGCGAGCAGCGGCAGCGCUGCCGCUGCUCGCGGAGAGUUGCCGGCAUGCCGAGGCCUGGGCGCGCUGAUCUCAGCGCGCGCAGGCUUCGCGGACCGGAGAUUUCCCUAUGGGCUUUCGUCUUGCGAAGCAAGCCCAUAGGGAAAUUCGUUUUGCGAAGCGCCUCCAAAACGGAAAACCCUUUCGUCUAGCGGGUUUUUCGUCUUGCGAGGCGUUCGUCUUGCGGGGCACCACUGUAUUAAGAGUCCUGCUGCUCAUUCUUUCAGUUGGCAAUUCUGAGUGUGUACUAAGGUGGAUUUAGUCACAGCAAUAAAGCUGGUUUUCCUAGACCAUCAUUGAAUCAAGCUGAUAAUGGAACCUGUUAAAUUUUAUUCUGCAUAUUCUCUAUGGUGAGUCACUGCAGCACAGCAUGAUUGCCGCAACAAUACUAGCAGUUUGGAUACCAAAUGCCCCGUAUAAGAUUUCUGUAUAAACAUACAACAGAACGCUGGGUGGGGGAUAUAUAUGAAAGAAACAUGUUCAUGUUAAUUGAAGCAUUUUAUGUCUAUUAAUACGAUGCUUCGAACUUUUUAAAAAAGACUGCCGUGUGUGCAAAUGAAGAACACUGAAAAUUCUGGGAUCAUAGCAAUAAUAUGACAAAAUUUAAAUAAUAGGAUGAUUGAUCAAUGUAUUAUAAUUGUAUAUUUUUCUUGGGCAAGCAAAUGUUUGGCUCUGUAGUUAAGAGUCUUUGCUUUCAGACAUUGGGUUGGCUUUGAAGUCAAAAUAUCCAGGACUAGAGAAAUUAGAGUCUUUUGUGUGCAUUUUCUGGAAAAGAUUACUAUGUUCCUGCGAGAAAUUGUAAGGCUGCUAUACUGAAGGCAGUGGAACUUACUUCUGAGUAAAGAUGCAAAGGUCCAGUUAGAUUCAUUGAUAAAAGAGCAUACUUUCAUAAAUGGGCUGCCAGAUUAUGUAAGUGUCCCAUUUGCACAAACAAAAGGAAAUAAAUUUGCUGGUGCAUUAUAUUUUAAAAUAAAUGCCAGGUCAAUAAAUGCUGAACACAACUCAUCUGUUUGAAAACUAAUCUAUUGCCCUAAACAUAUUUACUUGUGAGUAAGUUCUACUGAGAUCAAUAAAUGGCUACCCUACAGCAUGACAUUCCCUUUAUCUCUCAGGUGAAUGGUGAAUCCUGGGUUCCUACAUUGUCACAACUUCAGAUGUUGUUUGGGGAAAAACACUAAGAUAAUGUGAGUCGUUGUGAGUGUGCUGUGUAAAAUAUAAAUAUUUUCUCCUUUCAUAUCUUAUUAUUUUUGAAUUUAUUAAUACUCUAUUAAAACUUUAAUAGAAGCUGCGGGGUUUACGUAGCCCUAAGUAAAUUGGUUUUAAUUUGGAGUAUUUGGACAGGUGGACUAAUUAGCAAGUGGAUGCAAAUUGCAAUGAUCCCAUAUAACACUAUAUUUUCAUGUAUUUUAUUCUUGUUUUAAUUAUGAUUCACACCCCCACCACUAGUCAAGCACAGCAUUUGCUAACAAAAAACAAAAAUAUUUUCUCAGUUUUUGAACUACUGCAAUAAAAACAAAGAGUGCUUUGUCAGUGAACACUCUCUUCGUGCUGCCAGUUGAAAUUCCUGAAACUGCCUUCAAAGGCAGACCCGGGUAGAGGCAUUGCAGUAACUUAACUAGAAAAAAGGGGAGAGAUGAGACCUCAAGGGUGUACAAAAAUAAAGAUUUUAUUGGUCCAACAUGUUUUGAAAUAUGUACCACUGUUCUCUAGUGAGUUCUGUAAUCAAAUCAUUUGGUACUGAGCACCCCAAAGGGGGGGGGAAGUCACCUGCUUUUUAAGUGAUCCUGAAGAACGUGUAUAUCAAAACAUGUUGGGCCAACAAAAACCUUUGUUUUUGUGUACCGUUGAGAUUUCCUCUCCUUCCCCCUUUUCCUAUUACUGUUGCCUUCCUUCUUCUGGUUUCCCUGAAAGAGACUAGGACAUGAAUAAUCAGACAGUGCCUCGGUCAUUCACGGUUAAAUUACUGUAAUGCGUUCUGCCUUGGGCUGCCUUGGAAGACAAUCCAGAAAUUUCAGUUGGUUCAAAGUUUGAACACCAGGAUAUUUACUGGAGGCAGCAGAGUGCAUCAUAUUUAUUAUCUACAGUUGGUUUCUGUAUUCAGAUCAAUUUUCUGUUUUUAAUCAUUAAGGCCAUAAAUGGCAUAGUACCUUAAAAACGGCCCUCCUCAUAUGAUCCAGCUUGUGUACUUUAAUCUGCCUCUAGCUAGGGAAGGGGAAGGAAUUCAAUUCAGUUCUCAUUUAAAGGUAAACCUAUCGAACCUGCACUCCUUGAAAUAAGCAAAUCAAAACACAGUCAACCUUCAAAAUUUGAACUUCUAUGAAUUUUUCAAUGCAGAUCUCCAGCCAAGUAAUGUGUACAUAUACACUUACAUACUUACGUAAAGUGUGCGCAUAAAAUGCAUAUGCAGUAUUAGUGAAGAUAGCAUUCAAAAAUGUGUUAGGGGAACUUUCUUGGCAAAAUGUGUACAUUAGGCAAAGUUACAUGCAAAAAAAAAAUCUGUUUAUUAGGAGAAAUUCACACCAGAAUGCUGAUGAAUUUUUAAAAUAAAAAUAGCAAAUUUCUGUGGAAAUGCAUGUAACUGAAUUUAAUACUAGAAAAUUGGAGAACUGAAAUUGACAUAUCCAACUAUUCCUAGCACCAGUGGAUGGCUUAGGUGGGGUGCCACUGAUCACCAGACCUCUGUUUGGUCAUACCACUGCAGCUUACCCAGAGGCAGAGGUGAAGCAAGGUCAUGGAGGUGCAAAGGCACUAGUUAAGCUAAUCCUCUGCUCCUGACCAUAUAUUUCCAGUAUACCAACCUUCCUGCUGCCUUGACUCCCUACUUUACCUCCUGGUAAGCAGCAGCAAUGCAACUGACUGGAGAUGAGGUGAACAGUGGCAUCCCAUCAAACCAUUCACUGCUGCCUCUGGGGCCCUUCUCCCGGCACCCUUGCUGUUUGAUACAUGGUGAGUAGGUAUAAGAGAGAACCCUUUUUUAUUGUGGUGCCCAGAAUGUACAACAGCCUUCCCAAAAUAAUUUCUCGGAUUUUAUGGUUGAAGGGCUAUGAAAACAUUUCCCAGCAAGUCUCCCCCCGCCCAGCUAUUUGAUAGCUGUUGCUAUCAUUGCAGUUAUUUUUAUUCUUAUUUUACAAGUUUAUUGGAUUCCUAGCCACCUUGAUUAUUUAGGUACAAAGAAUAGGGAAAUUAUAUGUCAGCAUAGCACUUUGAAAGGGGGCAGUAAAUUCAGGCAUUUCUGUUCUGUUUCCCCACUCUCUCACUCUCUCUCUCCUGUGUUGGCAUGGCUUAUCUGAAAGAUUCUUCACUUUUGGCUGGUCUAUAGAAGAAGCAUACAAGCCACAGAAGUUUGACUUGACACUAUAUAAACCUAUUUAAGAUUCAGUUUGUUCUCCUUAGUUUGACAUAAGUAAUUACGGGGUUAUCCCAACAGUAAAUUUUAUUAACGUAACUUAUAAGAUGGAAAAGCAUGAAUGUCCCCGUUUCUCAUGAGAGCUAGUGCAGUAGUCCAAUGGGGACUGUGUUAGCCAGAGAAAUAUAUCAAAGUCAUAAGAGGACAAUGGACUUGCUUGGUAGAAGAGAAGAGUUUGGAUUUGAUAUUCCACUUUAUCACUACCCGAAGGAGUCUCAAAGUGGCUAACAUUCUCCUUUCCCUUCCUCCCCCAUAACAAACACUCUGUGAGGUGAGUGGGGCUGAGAGACUUCAGAGAAGUGUGACUAGCCCAAGGUCACCCAGCAGCUGCAUGUGGAGGAGCAGGGAAUCGAACCCGGUUCACCAGAUUAUGAGUCCACCGCUCUUAACCACUACACCACACUUGGUAGCCACAGGCCAGUUGUUGACUCAGCCUCAAUCCUCCAUCUGUAAAGAAGAAAUGACAUUCUCAGUUAACUGGGGGAAUUGCAUGCAUGUUCCCAUGCACAAGGCUGCACAGAGUUGUUGAAACACACAAAUUGAAGCCCACUACAAAAUGAGACAUUAUGUUAUGCUCCACUGCCUAAUUUCUCCCCCAAAUGAACCUGUUUGGGCCCAAAGGUCAGCUAUAGAAGCCGUGCUUGAUAUUACUGUAAGAUCAGUCACAUCAGAAGCAUGGGAAGAAGCUGCUUCAUACAGAGUCAGACCCUUGGACCAUCUAGCUCAGUAUUGUCUAUGUUGACUGGCAGCCGUUAUAGAGGAUUUCAGACUGGGACCUGGUCCCUGCCCUCCUAUCUGUAGUUUCCUGGAAUUAAACCAGAGAUCUUUUGCAUGCAAAGGAAGGACAUGCACUUUGACUGACACCUCCUCUUCUAUUUGAUCUGGAAGUCACUGUCUUCCUUUUUGCUUUAUUGCUUAAUUGUGACUAUCCACUCACUCACAGUUUGAGAAUUGCUUUCUUAGAAAGCAUGCUGGAAAUAAACUCAGAAAGGUCAGCAUAGUUUUUCAUUAAAAUAGCCAUAAUUAAAAUAGGACUGCAAGGAACUGCCUGCCAACCUGAGUAUAGUUAGACUGCUCAAAUCCCACUGGUAUAAAUGGCAUCCUCUAAAGCUGAUUAUAGUUUUAGCUUGAUGAUGCCUCAUUAAUUUUCAUUGCGUUGCACAAUACAGAGGAAAAAAUCAGCAUGUCUCCCAAGCUUUAGCAGACUACCGUAGACUUCAGGUGAUGUCCACUCAGAAUGUAGCCUGGGAAUAAUUUCUUUAUUAGAAAUAGAAGGACAAGAAUGUUCUGCAUAAAAUGAAGCUUCAAUAUAAAUAGAGAUAAAAUCUCCUGUAUUUUCCCCCCUCUAUUAUUUUUCCCCCUGUACUAUUUAACUGUCUGGCCCUAUUAAAGAAGUAGGGCACUGAUUUGGAUGUCCCUUCAGCUUUAUAUAUCAACAUUGCAAGCCAUUUUGUUGCAGUACACUGUUUCAAAAUCUGUUUAAAUGAACUGCAUUAUAUGGCUAGGAAUUAACAAUUGCUCAACGUGCUUACUGAGAAAAAAUAUUUAGAAUUGUACACUUACAUGUAGUGAUAGGAAAACUGACACAUUUCAGCUCAGAAUAGGCUCAGAAUAGCUAAGCUAACACAUUUAACAAAGUAAUAAUAAGAAAAUAAAUUAUUUUAUUUCCAAGCCUCCUCAUGCUAUCAUGAACAUUGGUGCAUAGGUAGCUCCUCCCAGAAUCCCCCAUGGCCCUUUGCAGAUCUUCCCUUCCUCCAAAGCUUUCCCAAUAGCAGCGGUUGGACAUAGAAGUGAAGAGCUCUGGAUGAAUGCAGCAUUUCCCCCCCGAAAGGGCUGCAUUUGCAGUCUUGAGGUGGUAAAAAAGGAAUCACUUAUUCCCAACUAUUGAAAAUAGUGUGCAUCAUAGAGGUACCACUAGAUAAGAUUCCUGCUAGGGUUUGUGCAUGCAUGUGCAUACGUGCUAAGUACCUUUAAAGUUGGGGUGUGUGAGAGAGAGAGAGAGAGGGAGAGAUGAAAAGGAUUUCAUUUCCUCCCUGUGGUUUUGUGAGUGGACUUGAAUGAGCAGACUGGUGUUCUGCACAGUUGACACCAUAAGACACAGAAACUACCGCUCUAUAAGAUGCACCAGAUUUUUCGCUCUAUAAGAUGCACCAGACCACAAGACGCACCUAGUUUUUGGAGGAGGAAAACAAGAAAAAAAAUAUUCUGAAUUUCAGAUGCCAGAACAGCAAGAGGGAUCGCUGCACAGUGAAAGCAGCAAUCCCUCUUGCUGUUCUGGCUUCUGGGAUAGCUGCGCAGCCUGCAUUCACUCCAUAAUAUGCACACACAUUUCCCCUUACUUUUUAGGAGGGAAAAAGUGAGUCUUAUAGAGCAAAAAACAUGGUAAAUACAAAGCUGACUUGACAGGAGUGGAUGUGAGGGUAUGUGACACAAAGGCAGAAGGCUUUGUUUGUCUAGAAUUUCCAAGCAAGUUCCACUAGUAGUACUAUCAAUGAGCACAGAACAUGGAAGAACAAGGUCAACAUUGCUUCAGCAUUCCUUCCUGAAAGCAUUGCGAUUGGGGAAUCCUGGUAAAAAAAACAUUCACUCUGAUUAGAAACUACACCUACCACUCAAAAUUCCUUUCUCUCCACUCUGGUGUUUUUCUUGCAUGGCAUGUUUCGGGAGAUGUUUCAGUUUUGCAGCUGCACUGUAGCCACUGUUUUCAUAAAUACCACAAUUUCUGAAAUUCCCUCAAUCACUAAAUCAGAGGUCCCCGCUUCAAUUCAGGGCGCUGCUUCAUCUCAGACAAACCCUGAAUCUGUCCAAAGCUGCCUGCUGUAGUUUGGGAUUCAUCUGAAUCAUAUGCACAGCCCUAUUGUCUGCUGCGAGGCAGAGGUGUAUUUGUGGUGUCUGGCCACCCCUGGGCAGAAGAGAUCUGUGUCCCUACAAAGAGAAACAAUUUAAAUAGAUGAGACUCAAUCCUGCAGACCCUGAAUCAUAGGUCCGCAUCUUCCCACUAGGUGGGGCGGGUUGGGACAACCCCAUACAUAUCAUAAUCCCUCACACACUCAACACCAUUCAGGACAGUCUCUCCCUCCCUACACAUUUGUUUUAACUGCUUCUUCUACCCCACCCUCCCAAAAUGGGGAAGGAAGAAGCAGAAUCAGCAAAGUUCCCAUCUGGAUCCCAGGAAAUGCCUCCUCUUCCACUAAUAGCUUUUCUGAAUAAGGAUGAUCUGGGCUGACUUCUCCCUGUGUACAGCCAUUGACGGAAAGACAUGUGCGGCCUUUGGAGGAGUUCCUGCACCCUUUGCCCACAGCAGUCGUGUCACUCAUUGUUGGGGAUUUAGAGCAGCCCAGUUAGUCUAGCUCAUUUCAUAGAAAUUUGUGGGUAUCGGGGCUCAUAUUUAGCCUAAUAACAUUUCCCCAACAUCACUUUUUGGGACGCGGGUGGCGCUGUGGUCUAAACCACUGAGCCUAGGGCUUGCUGAUCAGAAGGUCGGUGGUUCAAAUCCCCGUGAUGGGGUGAGCUCCCGUUGCUCGGUCCCAGCUCCUGCCAACCUAGCAGUUCAAAAGCACGUCAAAGUGCAAGUAGAUAAAUAGGUACCGCUCCAGCAGGAAGGUAAACGACAUUUCCGUGCACUGCUCUGGUUUCACCAGAAGCAGCUUAGUUAUGCUGGCCACAUGACCUGGAAAAACUGUCUGCGGGCAAACGUCGGCUCCCUCGGCCUAUAGAGCGAGAUGAGCGCCGCAACCCCAGAGUUGUUUGCAACUGGACUUAACUGUCAGAGGUCCUUUACCUUUUUUUACAUCACUUUUUUUGUUAUAAAACCAAAAAGCUUAAGAGUCCAGUCCCCCUGCCGCUGUUGCAAAUGCCACCCAUCAACUUUGCCAUCCCUGGGCAAUUGCCCCAUUAAUACAUUUCGGCUGCAGGAGUGGCUAAAAUGAUUCAGCCUGAGGGCCAACCCAUCUACCCAUGGCCAACCCCCUGGGGCUGCAUAUGAGUGGUAGAUGUGACUAAAAUGGUGUGUGUGGCCAUACCACAUCCUUGCAUACAUGUGCACACACAGGACAACCCCCUUCCUUCUCAGCUAAUAUUUUUCUAAACCACUUUGAGGGGUUUUUAAAAUAAUCAAGUGGUUUAUAAAUGGUAUGAAAUAAAUGAAUAAAAUAAAUAAUCUGUACAGAUCAGCUGAGGAGGCGAGUUAGUGCUCCUCUCUGCUCAUCAAACGAUCAAUAUGAUGAUCAAGGAGAUGGUGAUUUGCAUCCCGAUAAGAUUCCUGGGCUUUGCCUACCUCCGCACUGUGUCUACUUCAUUAUUGUUUUCUUUUUGCCACCACUGCCGAAAUUGGUAGUGUCUAGGAUAUUUGCAGAUAAGACCUAUGUGCCUAAUAACCAGAUCCUGUACAUUUUUAUAUUCAGAAGUAAAUCCUGUAGUUUAAUGGUUUUGAUUGGGCUAGAAAUCCAUUAAUUUCAAUAUAAUUUAGGCACGCCUAAUUUUAUCUGGAUUGCCCAGAAGUCAGUCCAGAGUUACACAUGAUUGUACUUCAAUGAUUUCAAUGGGACUUAACUGGCCAAUUUGUUUAGGAUCAGGGUAUUAAGAGUCUCAGCUCUGAAGACUGUAGCUGAAAUGAGAAUUAGAUCAUAUGAGUUAUACAUUGGCUAGUCUAUUGCUAGUCCCUAGAGGACUUUUUUCCAUCUCACAAAAACCCGCCACACUGUUUGGCACAAACUAAAGACUCAGCUCAAGAGGCUUCUGUUCCAGGACAGAAAUAGCAGGCAGAAAUGAGUGUCAGAAUUGAGAUGCAUUUCCACAGUUCUUUGGAGACAUUUUUACAACUUUUUGUCUGAGCUACACCUGGCUGUAGCCAGGAAUAAAUCACCUAAUUUUUAUGAAUGCUAAAUUAAUCUUACUUAUAAAAAGCCAAACUUUUGUGAAGUAAAAUAAUAAUCUUACGGGGAUCAGCCUACGAUAGUAAAUCAAGGCAUUAUCCAAAGACAAUAAAAGGAUUUCACAGAUGUUUAAGGUCUGCACUGAUUUCUUGUAGGCACCUUGUCCAUAUGAAAGGGACUUAAGCAAGGGAGGCACUCAAGUAUAGCUUUAUUCAGACCAGACACGUCUUGGGUGAUAGUUGAUUUACUGCCAGGUCACUUAUGAAUCUUAUCAACCAUCUCAUCUCUUGCCUGUUAUCUUAAUUCUGUAUGCUAUAAAAAGAUUGCUUCCAGUGGAGAUGAUUUCACACAAGGGCUGUUCUACCCUGACUAAGCAAGGGCAGCUGCUGCUAAGGAUAGAAGAAGACAAUUGCAUUAAAACAUAACCCGUAGUUGUUGUUGCUGCUGCUGUUGAGGAUGGGUUUGUGCUGGGUGAAGGCAGCUCAUCCUCCUUUCUCUUCUUCAGAAGUAGGAAGCAAGGGCAAGAUAAAUCUUCUUUGUCCCUCUGCCGUUUGUUCAAGGGAGCUAAUUCCUUUCCUUGGGAUUACAAAAAGAAAAGAAAAAAACAGGAUUGGUGGACUCGCAACAUCCACACAAAUGUAUGCUUCAUUGUUAAGAAGAAGGAAUAAGAGGCGAUGGGAGAGAGGCACAGAAAACAUCAGACUCUGUUCUAGACAGACUGUCCCCUAGACUGUCUAUUUCAGACUCAGUCCACUCCUAUGAUUGGCCUGGUCAAUCUGAAAGCCCUGAUUUAGAUAGAGGAGUUUAAUAAGCAAAGCCAAAAGUAUAUCUCUAGAUUGACUCACUAACUGGAUCUCCUCUGCUUCUCAUAUCCAGCUAAAGUUCUCGCUCCUGUCUCUAACAUUUGUAUGUGGGGGGGGAGGGGAGGGGGGAUGCAGCAUUCCUUCAAAAAAGCAAAAAACAAAUGAAAACCCCACCCUGUUUUCAUUGAUGAAAUAUUUGGUAUCGAGUGUGUGACUUCCUCUAUGGUUUUCUAGCCAAUUUCCUAACAUUUUUCUUCCAAGUGCACACUAAAAAGACCUUGCCUUAAAUUUGAGGAUAACUUGAUAUGUAAUAGCAAUAGCUUAUAGUAUGUUUGAAGUUCUCAAACCUAAUGGCAAUGAACUGUACAAAUAAACAUGAGAUCAAUGAACCGCACGACACAUGACAAACUGCUCUGCCGUGUAUAUUGUGUAGCAUGUUGCUCAGGAGAUACUUCUAAAUGCAUGAUUACUUUCAGAUCACAUAAUAAGCUGCAUAUGAUUUGCUCACAGUGUUUUAAUUUUUUAAAAGUUACAUUGUACUUUUUUUUUUUUUUUGAGACAUUCAAACACCCCCCCCUCCCAAGAGCUUCAUAUGCUCCCCUGGUUGAAAAACACUGCUUUCAAAUCUGCACCCUGCUAAAAAAUAGGACUUUGGGGCUUUAUUGUAGUCUUCUGCGCCACAGUCAUACUGAAAUUAGCCAUUCCUCAUCCACUCUGCCAUCACUGUUUAAAAAUAAUCAGGCAACUAAGCAGACAACAGCAACAACAAAGCCCUGCCACAUACUCACAGCUUUAAAGCAAAUGAGCAAAUAAGUAAAGGCACAUCAUGAAAAAUCUAAUGCAUAAUUCACUAGGAAGUUUGUCAGAUAUUGUCAUGAAUGACAUUUGUUCAAGCCCACUGAUUUUAACAGGUUACCCAACCCUGUCAUAAAUAAUGCUCUCAGGCUCCUUCUACUUUUCAAACAUGGUAGACAGAAACACCAUUUUAAAAGGGCUCAUGGGGACAGAAGUUUGUUUAUAAUGAGGAACUGCACUGUGAUUUUUACAGGUGCGGUUCAGUGUUGCUCAGGUAUGUAACUUUUGUUACUGUUACUUUGCCUUCAUGCUAAUAUUUGUUGUCAGAAUAGUUAGCUUCUCGAACCCAGGAUGUUAUCUUUAAACACAUAUAGAUGAUAAAAACAAUCUGCCAGUCCCUUGCCUUGUCAUCAAUGUAUAGAGGUUUAUAAUAUUUAUUUAUGCAAUUAUUUAUUUUAAUAACUUUCUAGCCUGGAGAGUGAAUUCCAAAGUUCUUAAGCCACCACUGAAACUUUCUUACUGGUGCACCUGAGGUUAGGGCCUCAGACACUGACCUUAAAGUUUUGGAGGGCUUAUAUGGGUAGACGGUGCUUCAGAUAACUUGGUCUGAAAUCCUGUCGGGAUUUAUAAGUCAAAACCAGUCCCUUAAAUUGAGCCUGGAAAUGAAGAAGGAGCCAGUCCCUUCACAUUCAUGUGACAAUCUGCUACUAAUGACUCCUGCAUACUUAACAUUAUGGUAUCUUUUCAUUUUCAUAUAUUUUAUGGCUUCCCAUUUCCCCAUAUUUUAAAAGAUCAUCACAUGUACUUCCAAAGUAUCAGAGCUCCAGAUGACCCUUAUUUUAAAUGCUACAACUAUAUUAUCCCUUAUUUUUCACAUUUUGAUCUUAGCAGACUUUUCCCUGGCCUCGUAGCUAUGGCAUUUUUCUUGUGUGUUGAUUUUCAGUCUACCCGGCCUCCUACUUUCUUAUCCUGUUAUUUGCCAAGUAAGGUGGGUUUAGACUUUUUAUACCAGUCUAUACACCUCUUAAAUACUUAUUUUGGAAGGCUUGUAAUUGUCUGUGCCUAUGUACUUAUUGAACUUGCUGUCUACUAAUAGGCAAGAACUAGUAAAUGUAAAGAAAUAUCUGAAAGGACACGCUGUUGAACUAAUAUUUUUAUUCACCUCGGCAUAUUAAAUAAUUGAGAAGCUAGAAGGAGCUGGCAGAAAAAAAAUGAAGGCACAUUGGAAAAUGAGCAAGUAGCCUAAAUAUUCAGGUUCUUAUGGAUGGAAAAGAUCUCUGCCAGGUUUACAAACAUUUCAGUUCCGCCAUUUGCGCAGUUCCUCAUUUUAAGAUCCAGAAACCAGUUAAGCAGAAGUAUUAGAAUUGCAAUUCACUAGUUAUGCUUUUGUUCCAUUCUGCAACUGAAGUAGUAGUUAGAAUUGAUAACUAGGGUCACAGAACAAACAUAUGAGUUGGACUUUGUCUUGCACUAGUGCAUUAGCCACUGUUGGGAAACUUGCUAGUAUAGGCUGCUAGCAGUCUCUGGCACUCUAUCCUAAGGGCUGCCAAUGUUGUCACGACACUGCUACAUUGAAUUUUCAUAGUAAGGGAAUAAGAUAGAAAUGGAGGGUUUUAAUAUGAAAGUAUAGUCAAGCUAAGUAUGCUGCAAAUAGAAGAUAUUUGUUGUGACACAAAAGCUUGCCAAGUGGGGUGGAGCCAUGCAGCUCAAAGCUAAACAGAGCAUUUUUCAUAAGCAUUCUUUCCAGGUUAGUCUUCUGCAACUCAAAAAUGUAAUGACAGAAUCACUCCAAAACCCUGCUGGGAAGCCCCAUCCCAUCCCCUUUCUUAGCAAAAGUGCUGAAAAUGGAAGUGUUGUCCUGGCCACAUCCUGACCUAGCUCAGUUAAGAAGUGGUUCUAAUGUAGCAUGAGUAAUUUCUGAAAGUCUACCCAAUAAGAAAUACAUGAAAAAUGUUUUGUCUGUCUUGGAGUGUUCCUAAUCCAUGUGCUUGGAUAGUUGGUAGGAAUUGUUCUAAUUUAGUUAACCCUAUCCAUAGAUGUGAUGCAGGAUUUCCAGCAGACCUAGCGUAGGCGACCAGUUUUGCAGUUGUUUGGUUGAGAAGGCAUACAUCAAAACAAAAUUAAUUUAAAUCAAAGAUUAUUUCACUCUGUAUUUCUUCUAGGGGGGAAGAGCUGCCGGUACUACGUGCCCUUGAGUACGCCCCAGGGGAAAAAACACUUAUUUCACUUAUUGGUUUUCAUUGCCUGGUCCAAACAGCAUCUUCGGACUUCCGGGGUGGCGCCUCCGGAAAAUGGCGGAAUUCCCUUCAAGUUGAAGGGAACCCGCUGCACGGAAGCUUGGGUCCUACCGCUACGGCGCAGCGGGGACCCAUAAAAACCACACGCGGAUGAAACCCCUGGACGUGGGACUCAGCGGGCCCCCUGAGCGCACACUCCCCAGGUACAGGAGCCCGGCAACGGGCCCGGAGUGGAGGUGCGUGGUGCUGUGAGUCGAAUGCUUCUUCGUGCAGCAAAGCCGCACUGCCGUUUCCGGAGAGCGCUGCCUUUUUCCUGGGACAAUUUGGCAUCUAAAACAUCUAUCCGUGAGUACCUGAUCUUGGAAGAGCUGAAUCACUUUUAAGACUGGUGAACAAAUAAAUAAAUUGGACUUGAAAUUGAAUUUAAUUGGGACUUGGAAUGAGAAGGUCUAAACAGGAAGUCAACCUUCCGUUCUUUUGUUACGUGAAGAAAGCAAAGACAAAAUAUACUAAAGCUUGAAAAUUAAAUUCUGAGAGAACUAGAAUUCAACAUCUAAGAUUUCUGAACCCCCCUUUGACUGCAGGAGAAGAAGGGGGCUGUUUUGGACUUUUUAACCCUGCGGAUGUGAGUUUAAAACAAAGUAAUUUUCCACCGCCCUGAACCAGGAGCGGGCUGUCAGAACUGACGUUUUGAAGCUUGUCCAGCUCGACAGAUAGUUAAAAGAAAGGUAACAUUGUGACUCUACUGUUGCCUCUUGAAUUUUGAAGGGGGAAUUUGUUAAAGUGUAUCUGGAAAAGAAAGACUGUUGCUGAUGUUUUUUUCCUUUAUAAAAAAAAAAAAAGGAACAAAAGGUUUUCCCUCUAGUGGGAUUUAGUGAAAUUGCAACGCAGAGAGCUUAAAAGUGAAGGACUAUAAUCGUGGGAAAGAAUUUUCUUUGACCCUGAAGGACAAUGCUUGUACAAAGGCUUGAACAAAUGUUCCUGGAAGGUUUUUCAAAACUAAGUGCCCAGCUGGACCAGAUGCGUCAGGAGACGACCUUGAGGACGGAAGUUACCAGAGCACAGCAGCAAGUAAAUGGAACUCAGUUAAAAUAUCUACAAGUAUAUGAACCUGCUGUAGUGAUGGAGGCUUCAGAGAUGGAGGGACCUUUGGACCGGCAGGAUCAGUCUUUGAACUGGAUAAAUGAACUUGGGAUAAAUCAGAUUCGGAAAGAUGAAAUGUGGUUAGAUUUGGAAAUGGGGGGAUGGAUUGACCCCCCUUUAUAUGGUUAUCUAGACUUUCCGAGUCUGGUGAUGGGCCAUCAGAGGAUUGGAGUAGUCGGAGCCUCCAAGUUUCAAGGAAACUUGAAGUGGUAUUAUCUGCUGUCUGGCUUGGACAAUGGGCAUGGGAUGGACUUGUUGCAAAGGGUCAAAAGUAUCUUUCUGCUGGAGUACCCACGACUGAAAGGGAAACAUCAAGAAGAGCUGCGAAAGGGGCAAGAAAGAGAUUUGAGGGCCUCGGACACGAGACAACCAGGUUAAGGAGCCGGACUAUUGAGGUUAAAAGGACUGACAAUCCCGGGUCCAGGGGAGGGGCGCUGGAAAUUGACUGGAUUGUGUCUGACUUAUUAUCUUAUUUUAUUUUUCUACUUUCCAAUAUUGGGAACGUCUAUAAAUGUUUGAAAGAUGUUGAAUGAAACUAUAUGGCUUAAGUAAUGAUUGGUAAAUGAUUUGCAAAAAGGUAAUGAUGUAAGAAUUUGGUAAAUACUGAAUAUAAGCUUUGAGUUUUAAAGUUUUUAUAUGACAAGAGGGAAAAUAGAAUAAGGAAAUGUAAUGAUAGAAUGUUAUGAAAAAACAGAAAGGAUUUGCUGUAAAAAUUAAAAAUUAAGAAACAAGAGAGGGGAGGAGGAGGAAGUCUAGAAAGGAAGUUAAUAGAGAUCGUAAAUGAUUUUAUACUUUUGUUUUUCUCUUUUCUUUUUUUCUUUAUGGUUGGGUUUUUUCUUUUUUAUUUCUUUAUCAUUUUUGCUUUUUGUAUUUUUAAUUUUUUUGGAAAUUUUUGUUGUUAUUCUUUGAAAACUUAAUAAAUAUUAAUUUAAAAAAAAAACAAAACAAAACAGCAUCUUCAUAUUUAGUGAAAACUAGCAGUUUUGUGCCAGGUGCAGUGAAGCCUUGGAUAGUGUGGCCAAGCCAGGGGAAGCUGCAAUAAACACAGUACAACCAUUUUGGGAUUAAGCAGGUUUAUUGGUGCAAGCAUUAGGUGUGUAUCUUGCAUCAAUCAGCCUGUCUGCUGCUUGAUUAUUUAGCAUCAUUAUCUAGAGUUAAGGAUCGUCCUAUGACGUACAUCAGAUUGGGGUGACCCUUCCAAAAUAACCAUUUUGGAAGGGUCAUGGCCCAUCAGCCGGCAUCUGGACAGAAGCACCUUGCCCUGGAUCCCUUUAACAGGAUACCCUGAUUCUUUGGAUUCUUUGGCUCCCAACACAUACAUCCCCCAUCCACCCUUGACUAAGGAUCCAUCUCAGUGCCUUAACUGCCAUCAAGUUGUGAUAGCUAUGAAGUAGGCAAAGCCCCCAGAUAGGCCUACUUUGUCUGGAGGCAAAUUCCUCUCUGGCCCCGAAUACAGCAACCAAAUACUUCCAGAGCAAAGUCUUACGCGAGGCCUGUCUGCGUACCCACGGGCAGCCCCUACAACAUAACCUGUAGUGCCAGCUAGUGCCAGCUGUGGCUGAGUCCUGGGCAUGGCUGACUUUUACAGCUUGGGAGCAGAACAGAGGGAAGACGUUUCCUUUGGUCCACUCCUUAAACUACUCCCCCUAACUCGCCUACAAUUGGCUGCAGCCACAGCCAAUGAAAUGGAAGAGGAAUCGAUAGCCUACCCUGUGCCGAACCGCAGCCACUGCUCCCCUUCAGCUGGUGGUAAGUGGUCCUUGCCAAAUAGAGGAGACCUGGCAGUUGCUUCUGUAACUUCUUUGGCUUUUUCCAAGUGAUAGAACUAUUGGAAUAUUCAUGCUGUUCUCCUUGGAGUGCUGUAAUAAUAAGGUCCUAAAUAAAACAUUCUUUAAAGUGUAGAUUUUCUUCACUCUGCCAUUUGUACGCAUAGAAUGUGCUGUCCCCUUUUAAUAGGCCUUUGCCCAUUUAACGCCUCAAAACUGCUGACAGCUCUGGUCUUUGCUUUCUGCGGUCUAAAUUUGAUCAGCUAUGUUGUACAAUUUAUCUUGGCUCUCAAAGAGGUUUCAUAUUAAUUUUCACGCUUUAUUGCUCCUAUGUAAUAUUCUCCACUGUCUGGUUCUCUAGCUAUAGGAACUACUGAUACACAUGCCAUAUUCGAAAGGGUCUAUAGCCAACAAUUAAGGAUCUGUGUGUGUGCCUUAAGAAAAAUCUGAGCAUCUAGUUGUUUCCCUUAUCACCUGAAAUGAUCCCAAUAUAUUUGCUUUUUUUGCCAGAUCACAUAUUGUUUGCUAUUUAGUUAAUUAUUAUUAUUAUUAAUAAUAAUAAUAAUUCCAUACACCUCUCAAGCAAUUCACAAAAUGCAAUAAAAACAGCCUUUAAAAAGUUGAAAAGAACACAGAAAAUAGCAGAUUACAAAAAUAAUAGUGAAGAGAUGCCCGUGGCAGAGACCUAGUCAUCCAGCUGGGAAGAGGGUUUUUUGCUUCAAAUGCACAGGUUCUGAAAUGCUAGCUUGAUUUUUCAGCAUAUGGGAUACUGCAUUUUUAUAGAGUUCUGAAAAACUGAAAAAUUUACUAUAUGAAUGAGAAGAGAGGGAAAGGCUGAAUUUCAGAGAUAUAGAACACCAACUUUUACUGCGAGUUGCUAUUAGUGUGGUUAGAAUCCAGACUGUGCAGGAUGGUGUGUUUGUGUGUGUGAUGUCCGCAUAACCAAUAAAUCUGUCAUCACCUACUGGCCUCCAUUUCCUUUGAAAUAAACAAAUCACUACGAGACUCUUUGAAGCAGCAGACUUCCAGGAAACACAAAAGUCACUUUUGCUUCUUCCAUUGAGAUAAAAUAGUCAGUAAGUGGAAAUGAGCUGCAGCUGAAGGAGUCGGAGGGUUCCUCGCACCUGCUGGAAAGUACAGUAGGUUUCCACACAGCAGGAAUUCAAACAAACCUCAGAUCAUUGCAUUUGGCGAAAGUGAACUUGCCUAGCCAAAGGAAUGAAUUGUAGAGCUUUCAAAACGACUAAAAUAAAGCCAAUUCCAUAGGACCAUAGGAAAUGUGAAAAUGGAAAGGAAUCCAAAAGGAAACCCAGCUAGGUCUGUCACUUCCAUUGAGCUGGCUGCUCUUUUCUUUACACUGUAUUAGAGCCUUCACAUAUAUUUCAGUAUCAGACUUAUUGGAACAGUCCACAAUUUUCUCUGCAUAAUGAUAAUAAUGUGUUGGCGGUUCUCUAGGUACCUUCACAUGCCCAUUGGUGCUCUGCAUGUUUGGGAAACUAUUUUGAUGGUUUGUUUUGGGUUCUCCCUUUCUAUAUGCUUUGUGAAGUUAAAUACCUAAUUUAGCCACGUUUUCACUGGUUAAUAUCGCAUUACGCAAAUGUUUCCAGUAGAGCCAGUUUUGGUUACCUUGUGCUAUUUUCAUUACAGAAUGAAAAUGAAUUGUAAGUGAUACAGUUUCCAAAAUUAGUGUUCUGAAUGAAAAGCAAUCACCUGUUUAGUAAUAUUCAACCCUUAUUUGCAAUUGAUUUACCAUUGAAGUAUGGAACACGGUGCUGAAUACAGAAUUUAGCAUCCCGGGAAACUACAAAUACAUGGGGGAAAGUCAGGUUGCAGUGUUUAACUGUUUGAUCAGAUGGAUUAAUUGGUUAAAAACAAGGUGGAGAAAUCGAAAUUAGAAACAGAAUUGUUAGAACCAAAGACUAAGAUACUUUCAAGGAUGUAUAACUUGCUGUUGGAAUGGAAUACACAAGAUGAAAUGGUUAAAUCGGCUAUGAUAAGGUGGGCACAGGAUAUUGGGUAUAAUAUUAUGUUUGAGGACUGGGAAAGGCUGUGGAGUAAUGGAUUGAAAUUUACUGCAUGUAAUGCUUUGAAAGAAAAUGUAAUGAAAAUGAUUUAUAGAUGGUAUAUGACCCCAGUCAAACUCGCAAAAAUUUACCACCUGUCUGAUAACAAGUGCUGGAAAUGCAAAGAGUGUGAAGGAACGUUCUUUCACCUCUGGUGGACAUGCCCUAAAGUGAAGGCGUUCUGGGAAAUGAUUUAUAAUGAAUUGAAAAAGGUAUUUAAAUAUACUUUCACUAAGAAACCAGAGGCUUUCCUUUUGGGUAUUGUCAGCCAAGGGGUGGCAAAGAAGGACCAGACAUUUUUAUGUAUGCAACAACAGCAGCAAGGAUACUACUCGCAAAACAUUGGAAAACCCAAGAUCUACCCACACUGGAAGAAUGGCAGAUGCAACUGAUAGACUAUAUGCAACUGGCUGAAAUGACUGGCAGAAUCCGUGACCUGGGAGAAGAGAGAAUCGAGGAGGACUGGAAGAAAUUUAAGAACUACUUACAAAAACAUUGUGAUUUGAUUGAAUGCUGAAUAAGAUGCUGGACUAAAUAACUGAGCACCACUUAACUUAGAAAUUUUUAAGGAAACAAGAAAAGUUGUGAAAGUUUAACUCUUUAUGAGAACUUUAAGAUUAUGAAAUAUCGAAGAGAUAUAAGAAUUUAAAUAAGAUGAUAAAUUGCUGACAAAAUGUUAUAAUGAUGAAGGUGGGAGCGGGAGAUGUGAGGAAGUCUAAAGAAAAUGUGAAAUUAUGUUAAGACGAAUGCUAUAUUGUUUAUUACAUUUAUUCCUAUUGUAAAACCCAAUAAAUUGCUUUAAAAAAAAAUAAUAAUUGGUUAAAAACUUUCAUGAGUACCCUGAUGAAUCAGACUUUUUUUAAAAAAAAAAAAGUUAAAUUUUAUUUUUAAAAAGUUAUUAUUUUUUAAUAUAUGUGCUUAUAAAAACUGGAGAUGGUAAGCUGUGGCUUACCGACUCACUCAGAAGGGAGCACCUCUCCUAAGAAGACAACUAUGCCUAUAACACACAUGUAGCACACCACCACUGACUUUUGUAAAGUCAGCAAUAGGCAAGAGAAGAUUUCCUUUUUAAAAAGGAAAAAGAAUACUUUAUACAUAACUGAGGCAUACUUGCGUUUAAAAAUAUAACGCUGCCACAUCUAGCUUGGCCCAUUAGAACACUUUGAAAGACUUGGAAUAAUUUUUCUAAUUAAUGUUAUAAUGGUGUUUUUGCCUUCUUUCUUUGUUCAACUUUAUACAUUUUACAUUUUUAAGUAAGGCACCUAAAGCAUUUGAUAAUGUGAAGCUAAACACUUCAUAACCUUCACCUGGUGUUAUAACGUAGGUAAAUGCAGAAUAUGUUCAUUAACUUUUUUGGUAGCUAUCAGUGCAAUGCAAUCUGUGAAAAUGUUGAGGAAUGCUUCAUGCACAUGAUUUCAUUGCUCUGGCAUUUGCUCAAUAUGUAGCAUGUCCAUUUGCAAGUUUCUUUGUUCUUUUCUGUUUAUUUUUAUUUCCACCGAGCAUUGCCGUGUUUGCUAUAGGCAUUUUGAAAUACAAAUCAAAUGAUUUAAACAUAUUUCCAGACCUCUUUAAAAUGGCUUGAAAAUAAAUGUAGAAAAAAAAAAGGAACAAAGAAAUCUAAAUAAGCACAGGUGCACUUCUCAGGAAGUAUGAAAGAGAUCCUUUAAAGAUUUUGAAUCAUGUCCUUGGGUGAUUUAUUUGUGUAACUGCUAAACCACCUUACUGCAGGAAGGAAGAAAAAAAUUAAGGACUAUUAAACACUUAACAUCAUAUUUUAUGAACUGCAUGGGGCAUUGGACACACAACCACAACAAAGGGUCAGUCACAAUUUCAACCAAAUGUAUAAAUGGUGUCUUUUUACAGUUGAUGUGCUUAGCCAUGCAUCUUUUAAGCUGUAAACUGGGCAGCUGUGAAAAAUGUCUUUCUUAAUCAAACUUUUUAUUUGCUUGUUGGGGUAUUUUGUUUCUGAGUUAACAUUGUAUCUGGAUUUUAUUUUCAAAACCAGUGUAUUUAAAGAUUUUUUCCCCUUAUAAUUCAAAAUAUACCCACCACCAAAGGAGUUGCUUAAAGCGGCUAACAAAUAGAAAUGCAAACAUAAAAACAACGCAAUUAAACACACAUUUUAAACACAAAUGAUCGGAAACAGCAGCAAAAAAUAAAACAGAAAGAACAGCAUGAGAAUCAAAAGCUUGUUUUAAAAAAGGAAAGUUUUCUGUUUUCAGUAGAAUGCAAAUAAAUAGCAAGGUGGUCUAACCUCUUGGGGCAGGGAGUUUCACAAAUGGGGUGCCAACACAGGAAAGGCCCUCUCAUGCAUUACUCACAACCUGAUCUCAGAAGGGAGCAGACGGGCCAUAGAACAUUUAGAUGGUGGCCAGUGGGGGGGGGAGCCUAGCUUAUUUGACCCAUGUCUUGAGGUGGCCCUUAACCGAGGCAUGACCCUGAAAAUCUCAAGCCAACGGUAGGAGUAUCAAUCAGGAAGCAUACCCAAUGGCUAAGCCAGAGAUUUUCAACCCUUUUGAGCCCACGGCUCCCUUGACCAACUGCAUUCUUCCUGCGGCACCCCUGCAGGUUCAGGAGCACAGUUAUGUCAGAGCUGGCAGCCUCUCACCCCUUUCGUCUCCUCUCCCCUCUCCUUAGGAAUCCUCCAAGCAGCCACCGCUGCCACCUCUGGUCUCAGAGCUGCUCCCACCCUGUCCCAAAGAAAGGUGCCUGGAGCUGGCUGGCUGAGCUCCCUCAUUCGCUUGCUUACUCUGAGGCUUCUCAGCUCCUGGCAAUCAGCACCCCCUGGUCAGCCCCAGAGGCACUAUAUGCCUGGGGAGCUUGUAGCCAAGGCUGCUGUAACAAACAGCCACACAAACCUUUGGGAGGCAGAGAUGUGAGAGGGCAUCAGAUGAGAGGGAGGGAAGGAAAGAGAGACAGAGGCCAGUGUUGCUCAUGGCACACUGGUUGAAAACCACUGGCCUAAACCAAAGGUUACCUACAUCUGUAAUCAAUAAAGUGGUGGCCAUUUUCAACCCCAGAACAUUGUUGUGUCAUUCUGUUCACUGGUUAUUGCCUUCCCCCUCCCCCACCACCUGGGCAUCCUGCGUUUGGGUCUGCAAGCUUGUUUAAAAAGGAAAGUUUUCAAUUUCCAGAAGGAUUCAAAUACAGUGGUACCUCGGGUUACAGGCGCUUCAGGUUACAGACUCUGCUAACCCAGAAAUAGUACCUUGGGUUAAGAACUUUGCUUCAGGAUGAGAACAGAAAUCGUGCUCCAGCAGCGCAGUGGCAGCGGGAGGCCCCAUUAGCUAAACUGGUACUUCAGGUUAAGAACAGUUUCAGGUUAAGAACAGACCUCCAGAACAAAUUAAGUUCUUAACCUGAGGUACCACUGUAAGUAAAAACACUCCUGUCUACAGUUCACACCUGGACAAGUGUGGUGUUUUAAAUUGAGUGCAAUCCCAGUCAGAACAGGCUGGACUGGUAGCCUCCUGACAAACAAGCCUGUCUUAAUUUAAUUUUUGUCAAAAAUUAAGCCCUCAUCACAAAAUGGUCCAUCUCUCAACCUCGUGUCAGCAAGGUGGUCCAGAAGGAUACCAUGGUUGAUGGUAGUUUACUGAAUGGUCCCGUAGAACCAUUAGAGGCACACUCCCACACCUAGCUCCUGGAUAGGAGGCUAUGGUUAUGUGGAUAAGAAUGAAAGAUUGCACAGCUAUGUAAUUCAUUCCUGAGUAUAUGUUGCUAGAAGCCAAACUAUCUCUAAUCCCAGACACACAAAGGCCAAUUGUGAUUAUUCACAGGCAAAAGAAACACGCUUCUUUGUUAUUGCACCUUCAUACGACCUGAGGCCAAGUCUUGGUUCUAGAACUAAACGGAAAAAUUUCUCCAUUUUUCAAUGAAUACAGAGAGGAGAUCUGAGAGUUGGCGAUAUUGCCUGGCAGACCUCUGUUGUUCUUAUUAUCAGCAGGAACUUUCUCAGCAUUUGUGACUUCAUUUCCAGAUGUGUGUUUAAGUAAUGAAGCCAACCCAUAGUAAAUCCUAAUUACAGGUGCUGGGCAUAUGUGCAGAGAGACAUGGCAUUCAAUAACUUAGAAAAACGAGACUUCUUUUGUGUCAUGGAUAUAAAGUAGACUGUAGUUGCCACAGAACUUCAGAAAACUUCAAGAGUAGGCAUCCAGCAUCAAGAAUCAAGGCCUUUCCUUCUAUGUUUACCUCUUGCUUUUUCCUCUUGAUUUCUGCUAGUGGAAGAAUCUGAGAGCAUGUUUGGUUUCGAUAUAAAAGCCACAAAGAAACAAGAAGCUGAAUUAUCUCCAGCACUUCAGCAGUUGGAUAACUUGGGGAAAGGAGUUUGUAGAGAUUCAGUUAGCAGGAUUUCAUAAUGAAUAGAUUUGAGAGGAAGGACAUUUCCAUAGAUGUCUGUUCAUCCUUCUACUCAUUGGAAUGAUGAGAUCAAUAUGUGCCUACUAAAAAGUAGGAUAAGGAGAAAUACAGAUGGCCUUCAUACACCAGAGCUACAAAGUCUCUGCCUUUCUGAUCAGGAUUCUGCCAAGGAGUAAAUGGAUCUUGGCCAUGAAAGAUGACAAUCAGUAAAGAUAUUUUUAAAUCUUAAUUAGGAAACAGAUUUGAAUGACAUUUUCAAAUUCAGCCUUCUUUCUAUACCCUUUAAUCAAAGGAAAGGAAAUGGUUUCCUUAGAAACAUAUUCCUGCACUAUUUCAGAGUACCUUGUCUGUAGCUGAAAACUGUUUCUCUAUGGCUGUGUUCACACAAGCAUGUUUAUCACUCAAGGGCUGCACACACUAAACCAUAGCAGAACAUGUUCACAAAUUUAGGUCUCAUGUGCUCCUGUCUUCCACCAUGGCCAUGAGAUUGGAAGCUCCUACUUCCAUUUUCAAUAAACCAUGGUUUCUUGUUAUUCCUUUUCUCCAAACCAUUAUGUCUUGCUAUCUCUAAACCAGUAAUUAUUGGAAAGACUAAAUAUAAUCAAUUGAAAUUGGCUAUGAUUGUUAACCACAGUUUGAAGUUGUUCUAUUUCAGGAAACCAUAGUUGACACUAACCACAGUUUGUCUGUGUUCAGGCAUAAUGAGGAACCAUGACCAGUUGAAACAGAAGCAAAAGCUUCCUAAUGAUCAUGUCAGAGGAGGGGAAGGAAAGCAUGCAUGAGCUGGUCUUGCGCACAUAACAUUAAAUCAGUGUUACAUACAAACUUGACUUCUGACUACACUGCCAAGUGACAACUUGCGUGUGAAGCAGCCAUAAUACUCCAAACACCAGAAAGCUUUCAUGUCACCUAGAUAAUCUCAAAGGCUGUCUUUCCAGUGCAGGCAAUUCAUCUACUAAGCUACAUCUAAAGAAUGAUUUCUACAUUGAAAUAAAUUAUGUGCAUGCCCCCCCCAAUCUUUUAUUGUUUUCUAAAGCAUAUAGGCUAAGAACUCAGAAUAUGCCAAAAUACAUGCAAGAGAAAAAAAAUUAACAAAAUAUUGCAAUUAAAGAUAAAAAUAUUUACAAAUGGUUUGUUUUUGAGUUACAGACCAACAAUUAAUAAAAGCCAUACCCUUUCAAAGUGUUUUGUGUUUUGUUUAAUCUUUCCUCAUACUGAUGUAAUUCAUCAAUUUCACCAUCUAGCAAUUUUCCAAGAAUUUCACCACUCAGAAAUGAAAAGUAGACCUAGGCCAUUGCAAUUAUUUCUUUUCCAGAAAUUAUGAGAUUUCUGUUACUUAAACGCCCAACAUAGUAUGGAUUGGACUGAAAAUAAUAUAGAAAAGCAGAAACAAUAAAUUUCAUAUAUAAUUUGUUUCUCAAAAAACUUCUGCUCUAAUAUGGUCACACCUUCAGCAUUUAUUGUGUGUCUCUGUAUACGCAGAACCACACAUCUGCACAGAGCUGCCAGUGUAUUGAAAAGACUUGAGGAAUCUUAUGUCUGCAGAUUCUUAUAAAACAAAACCUUAUAGUAUGUCUGCAGAUUCUUACGUGGCAAAGAUAUGGGUCAUCAUGGGUCCUUUGCAUUGACUUGUUUUUGCUACUUCCAAAGAUUUAAAGAUAUGUUACCUAAUAUUUAUUUGAGGGAACAAAUACAGUACAGUUCUGUUUGUCACAUCUCGGCUUCUACAAAAAGUAGAAUAAAACGUUGGCUUUUUCGUUGAUUGGUAGGUAAGGAUGCCUGAUGCCUCAUAGAGAUAUAAGCACACAUAGACUGAUUCAGUUCUCAUGAACCAUGAGCUAUUGACAAGAUUUCUUCCUGCUUUACUACUCGUGGUUUGUCCGGAGAGACAAACCAAAACCCUGGGUUUCAAUAUAAUGCUAAUCCAAACCUUGGCUUGGCUACAGGAAUGCCGCACCAGCAGAGGAAGAACAAAGCAGCUGGGCACUCGCCAAUUCAUGGUUAGCCAUAGCCAUAGCUUAGUUAAGCGGUAAAUGCAAACUGGGCCAUUGUUUUUGCAUUUUUGAAAGACCUACACUGGCUCCCAGUACGUUUCCGAGCACAAUUCAAAGUGUUGGUGCUGACCUUUAAAGCCCUAAACUGCCUCGGUCCAAUAUACCUGAAGGAGCGUCUCCACCUCCAUCAUUCUGCCUGGACACUGAGGUCCAGUGCCAAGGGCCUUCUGACGGUUCCCUCGAUGCGAGAAGCCAAGUUACAGGGAACCAGGCAGAGGGCCUUCUCGGUAGUGGCACCCGCCCUGUGGAACGCCCUCCUACCAGAUGUCAAAGAGAAAAAUAACUACCAAACUUUUAGAAGACAUCUAAAGGCAGCCCUGUUUAGGGAAGCUUUUAAUGUUUAAUAGGUUACUGUAUUUUAGUGUUUGUUGGAAGCCGCCCAGAGUGGCUGGGGAAACCCAGCCAGAUGGGCAGGGUAUAAAUAAAUAUUAUUAUUAUUAUUAUUAUUAUUAUUAUUAUUAUUAUUAUUUUGCUGUGCUUCCUUGCAAGUUUUAAAAACCAGCAACACAGUAACUUAUAAUGUUCUUCUUUAAUCCACAGAGAAGCACGAAGAUGUUUGUAACUAUCUUAAAUCAAAUCGUAUUUGGUAGAGAGUAAGGGUAGGGAACCUGUCAUCCUGCACAUGUACUUCAUUUCCUAUCACCUUGACCAGCACUGGCCAGUGAUUAAGGAUGAUGGGAGUUGUAGCCCACCAACAUCCGAACAGCCAUAGGUUCUGCUUCUCUGCUAUAGAGAAUUCAAAGAUUUUAUCUCACUCACACUUGAAAGUUAGGUAAUGAGGCUUAAUAGAUUAAGAUUUCUUUUUUUACAAGAAGCCUUUAACCUUUUCUAUUUAUUGUGAGUCAUUCAAAAUGCUAUCGGUCUAGUUCCCAGAUUCCCAUUACAUCAGUUUACUGUGAGAACAUCUCUGAACUGCAUCACCAUCCAUUUUUUCCCUGGAUUUCAUAAAAGUUUUGGGCAAUGGGUUGCAUUAGGAAGCCAGGUGUCCAACUUUACAGGAGAUAGUCCUGGAUGUACAUCUUGCACAACAUGCCUGCAUUAAGUUUAUGUUUCUAGUUCUGGAUCUGACAAUGUAUCACAGAGAAAAGCACUGAAGUAAGGUGGAGUGAAGUAAAAGUUUUGUUUGUGGUGUUUAUCUGUGAUAACAUAUUCACACAUGCCAAUCACCAGUUGUCAGAUGUAGAACAUAUGUGCACAAUCCCAGAAUGUUGAGUGAACUGAUGAUAGGACUUCAGGUGGUGUGUGUGUAUAUAUAUAUAUAUAUAUAUAUAUAUGUGUGUGUGUGUGUGUGUGUGUGUGUGUGUUUGUGUGCAUGUGUGUGGCUGGCCCUAAGUGAAGGCAAAACUAUUAACUUUUAACUCCAAUCCCUUACCAGGGUUUUCUGUUUUAACGUUUCCCAAUCUUAAUAUUUCCUUUUUCAACAGUUCUGAAUGAACAAAAAUCUGGGGUUAUUUUUCUUCCACAAAUGACAAUUUUCAGAUGGGGGUGGGGGUGGAGAAUGUAACAUUUCUUUUUAAAAAAACAGAUUAGGAAGGGCCAAGGGGAUGUUUUGCCUUACCAUUCCACUCAUAAAUGGUGGAAUACUAGGAAUAUAAGUAAUCUGUUUAUUCAUAGCCUUGUUUACAUCUGCAAAAGGAGUCGUUGCUACAUAUCUUCGUUUCUCCAGAGGCCUAUAAAUAAUGCACAAAGCCAAGUACAAUCACUCAGCAUUGUGGAAGUAGUAUUAAAAUUCAAACAAAUCUUUAAACAAACUUUAGAGUUAGUUGGGUGGCAGCAGGGUGUGGGAGUGAGAGAAGGAAAAGGAAUUAUCCAUAGGUCUUGCUAAUUUAUGCACAACACCGUGCAUUCCAAAGAAAAAAUCAGGCUUUCGAACUUAGGCGGCUGAAUGAAAAAAGAGACUUGCACGGAAAGUGCACUAUUGCCUGAAAAUAUCAUUUACAUUUAAUCUCAAGGUCGUAGGUUUGAUCCCUAUGUUGGGAGAAACACUCCUGCAUUGCAGAGGGUUGAACUAAAUGACCCUCGUGGUCCCUUCCAACUGUGAUUCCAUAGAGUUGCUUAACAUAGCAAAGUGGUAGAACACUUGCUUUGCAUGUUAAGUAGGGGUGGCAAACCUCAGAGCCAGGGUCCAAAGGUGGUCCUCCAGGCUUUUCUAUCCUACCUUCAUGACCAUGUCCCCUUCCCAGGCCACACCCUCUUUCCCAAGGGCAUAUUGGCCCAAGGGGAGGAUACAAUGACAUAUGAUGCAGCAACUUUGCUGAAGCGAAGCAGGUUCUAUCACAGAAUCAUAGACUUGGAAGGGACUCCAAGGUUCAUCUCCUCCAACUCCCUGCAAUGCAGGAAUCACAGUUAAAGAAUCGCUGACAGUUGCGCGGCAAGUUCCCGCCCCCCAAGGCGGAAAUAAUGAUGCAUGACACAAUUAUUAAGGUUAAAGGGCUAAAAAAAAGGCCGCAACUUUAUUAGUUACAGGUGAUGAGCGGUAUUGGCUUAGGCAUUGGUCCUAACUGACUAUAUCCAACUUCAGCCCGUCCGCUUGAAGUCCGGGAAGGGUUAACCACCAGUAGAGGGAAUCCUGCUGAUGCACACCUGCUGAUGUCACCGAUGGGGGCGUGCCUUAGGCCCUCACUCCUUAGGCUUCGGACAGGGCCACGCCCCCCGGAAUCCUUUAUUGGACUACCCUUCAAUAUGCGGGGUGCCAAAGAGGGCAGACCAUGCCCCCAGAGCCAGCUGAUUGGCUGGCCAGGUGGUGACGCAGCCAGGAAUCCCCCUAAUCGUGCGGGGGCUGGGCUGAAGGGCGGAAGUGGCUAUGGCCAUCCAACCCAAGAACAUUUCUCAGUCUUUUCCAUGCAGAGGACUUAUUACUUCCUUGUUCUUCCUCUUGCUCUAAACAUAGCCGAGAAAAAGGUGGUCUAUAGAUGUAAUAAACACACAGAGAGACACAAAUAAUAUUUACACCUACAUUUAUCUAUAGAGAGAUAAUCUUUUUAAUUUGUGAGCUUGGGGUGGGGUUUGAUGCUUCAUUCCAAAGCUCCCUUUAUGUCUUUGCAUUGCUUGUCAUGGUCUUUAGAGGGCUAUGUCAUAUGAGUAGGGGUGUAUUUUGGUCACUUUGGAACACUCCAGCUACCCAAUGGAGGGGGACAUAGUGGGGCAGAAUUAGUGGGACAAGCUGAGAAAAUAUAGUGGAAGUGCUUUGGAUCUGAGAUUGCCAGUUGCAUCUUUCAGAGUGAAGGUGCACAGUUGAGGACAGCAUUGUUGUGUAUAAUAAUAAUAAUAAUAAUAAUAAUAAUAAUAUCUUGCCCCUCUGGCUGGGUUACCCCAGCCACUCUGGAUGGCUUACAGCAUAUCUAAAAACAUAAAAACAUCAAGCAUCAAAAACCUCCUGAUACAGGGCUGCCUUCAGGUGUCUUCUAAAAGUUGUGUCAUUCUUUUUACGGAAUCUCUGCUAAGCUCAGAAGACAUAGGCACAUGAGACAAAGCCAUGUAAAAAAACUGAGCGGAGGAGUUUUUGCUCUUUAGUGGAAAUCUGAGUUAGCUGAUCUCCUGUGAAUCUUAGAUCCACAGGUGACAGCAGCUGGACACAAAUCCACAUAAAGUUGUUCCUUUUAUUUUGUCAGUCUAAAUUUUAGGGUUGCAAAUCACAGUUUUCAUUGUACAGCUCACUGAUCUUGCAAUUCAUAAAUUUAUUACAUAUUUGUGUAAUGUUGGGUAUCUCUCCCAUCAACUAAAAUUCUACCCAGCGUCCCAAGAAAAAUGAAAUAGAGGAGUGGUUAGGCUUGCUGCUUCUGGCCAUUUGCAUUGUGGGCAGAGAUUAUAGCCUGCAGAUCAGAGCCCUGAAGUAUUAGGCAGGACUGAAGAACAGCCUUUCUCAGGAAAAUGUCUUCUUGGGGCCAUGUAAUGUGGCUGGGCCUUGAACACUCUGGACAGCUUUGCUGUAGGCUCCAGGCCUGUGGAUCUGUGAGGCAGGCUAAGCAAACCUCUUGGCGAAUAUAAUGAACUGGUCAGCAGCUCUGAUGACUUAUUUACAUGAUAAGUCAUCCUGGAAUAACCCUUUUUAACUUACUCAGCUCUAAUUUGUUGACAUAUUUUACUAGCUAAUCAAAAGCUGGAGUGAGUUUAAAGAGAGUAAGAUGUGGGUUGAAUGACCCUAAUGUGGGUUGAUUGGUGCUGUGCCAAAUCAUGAUUUAUGGUUCUGAUGAGUGAUUCAGAUGAGCUAUUUGCCACAUGAAAGGUACAAUCUAGGCCGAAAGAGAAAGCAACUCAUCAAGUGCAGAAGCAGUUGUGUAAAUCUGUUCUGAAACAGUACCAGCCCUGGAUAGCCCUCAGAUUAACAUGACAAAACUUUCAAUUAACCAAACAGCCAUCUGCACAAUUGAAAUUCACAGUGCCUCCAUAGGAUUCCAUAGGACUCCAUAGGAUUCCUGCACUUUGGCAGCUAAGUUAACCCCGAGUUGCUUGUGUUAACCGGAAUGCAUGAGAUACACAUGUACAGUAAUUCACACGGGUCUUUACAGGUACUGUACAGACAUUAAAUAUGAAUCAAGUUACUUGGGAGAUAGGUCUUUAUAUUUUUAAAAAGUCUGCACAUGGUUUGUCAGGAGGACAAUCCCAUAGCUAAUUCAUAUUAAAAUUUGAGAUUCAUGACUGUUUGUUUGAUUAUGAUUCACUGUUGCCACAUUGGCAGGGGUACCUAGAGAUAGUUCGAAUCGGCCCAAGGGGGUGAGCUCCUUUUGCUCUGUUCCAGCUGCUGCCAACCUAGCAGUUCGAAAGCAUGCCAGUGCAAAUAGAUAAAUAGGUACCACUGCAGCGGGAAGGUAAACGGCGUUUCCGUACGCUCUGGUUUCUGUCACAGUGUUCCAUUGCACCAGAAGUGGUUUAGUCAUGCUGGCCACAUGACCCGGAAAGCUGUCUGUGGACAAACGCCAGCUCCCUCAACCUGAAAGCGAGAUGAGCGCCGCAACCCCAUAGUUGCCUUUGACUAGGGGUCCUUUACCUUUACCUAGUACCCAGAGGGAUGUGCAGAGGGACAAUGCUAAACUCUUUCUGGAAAAAAAAGUUAAGAAAUCUUCCAAUAAGAGCCAAAUGGACAAAUCUGUAGCAUGAUUGAUCUGGUAGAAGUUUGCAAUUAACAAAAAUUGAUGCUAGUUAUUACUUUUGGAGUAUAUAUUUUGUAAAUUAUACUUGAUUUAGCAUUUAUGUAUUAGUAUAUUGCUUUCUGCAAAAUUUCAGAGCAUCUUAACAGUAGAUGAGUGUGUUUGUUUGCUUUUUUAACUUUACUGUACUUGCCAGAGAAGAAUUUGCUUUCAAUGCCUUUGCAGUAUAGAUUACAAUUGACUAUACUAGGAAAAUAAAGGAUGCACAUGAUAUAAAAACAAAUGCAAAUCUGGAUUUAAUAACUACCAAAAAGUUUUUCCUAUGGGAAAGCUGUAAAUGAGAAUGUCAAUAGAACAAACUUUCUCUUCUGAUUAAGAUAGGGGUACGUCAUCGGCUGCUUAUGAUCAGCUACUAAUAUUUUCAGGAUCUCUCUAUUGUGCCCCAAAAUGGAUGUAUAUCUCCUUCUCUGCCUCAUGGUACACAAUGGGAUGAGGGAAAGGGAAGAGAAAAGCAUCACAUACUGAAUAAGGUAGAGUUUUAUUCCAAUGCUAAUUUUCUUUCAAAUUUUAUUCUCUCGCUCAUUAUGCUGCUUUAAAUGAGCAUUUUAUAUUUGACUUCCUUUAGUAAUGUUUUAUUUUGAAAUGUUGAAGAUAUUUUAGUUUCCUUUUAAUUAUGUUGCUUUGAAUGUAAACAUUGUAUUUGGCUUUCUUCAUUAUUGUUUUAUUCUGGGUUGUUUUAUUUGAUGUUCUAAUAUCGGUUGUAUACUGCUUUGAGCGUUUUUUUCUUAAACAUAUAGAAAUUAAAUGAAUAAUAACAAUAACAACAAUAAUAAUAAGAGUUUGGCUUCUAUCCAAAACAUCCCCAAUUCUCAGGGCAGUUCUGAUCAUUAUCCUUUUUUUCCUUACAAUCUUUUUGUUUUUAAUGAGAUUCCACUUACAAUUUGGGAAAUGACUGCAUGAUUUGAAGUGUGCAUUUUACAAACAUACAUGUUCUUCAAACAUGAUGCCUACAUAUGGACAUUUGGGGCUCUUGGUGGGGUAUAGGCAUGUCUGGAGGGCGUUCAUGGGGUAUAUGCUAUCUUGUUCCUCUAUUGAGCCUAGAAACAAGUUUGUGAGGUUAUCAUUCAAUCUGAGCCAAAUAAGAGGUAAUUUGCUAUAAGGAAGGUAUCAAGACAUUACAUUUAGCAUCGACAUGUAUAGGACUGCAAUGCUGAAAUCCCAGUCUAUUCAUUAGAGUUAUCUGUCUCAUAGUUGCAGGUAGUCUUUUUUGUGGGGGGAAACCCCCCAAAAAUGUGUGACUCUUUGACAUGAACAUGGGCAAUAAAAUCUUUUUUUCAGAUGUUUUAACUCUUAAUAUUUUACAGCCCCUUUUUAUUUUGCCUUCUCCUAAAAGACAGGUAAUUCCAUUUAAUUGCAGGUGGGAAAGCACUUUCCACUGUUCCUUUUCUUUUAUGGUGAGUGUUGCACUUCGUGAUGAUGCUGUAAAAGUAAACUGUGAAUGAAAUAGUAGAAUACACAUACACUGGCAGCCCUGUGGAGUCUGAAAAAAGGAAGAAAAACAGAUAACGUCUGGUUAUUUACUAACCUGCAUUUAUGAGCACAGCUGGCCCUUUUAGGUUUCGUUUUAAUGCUUUCUGAGGGGUAGUAAGAUAUAUAAAAUAUGUGGCUAGAGCACAUGUAGCGGACAUAGGUGCACAUAUAUGAUAAACCAGAGAAGGCACUAUUCUUCCUAACACUAUUACAGAGGUUAGCUUGGAUUCAACAGACGAAAUCAGAAAGAAAGAAAGAAAGAAAGAAAGUGAGAGAGAGAAAGAAAGAAAGAAAGAAAGAAAGAAAGAAAGAGGAUUUAGAAAGCAAACAGACAACUUGAGUCUGGACCAUGAAAUGGGAAAUGAUUUGUGAAUGCAUGGUUAAGCUAGAUACUCUGUAUGCUACUAAUGUGUAAUAUGAGCUUUUGAAAACACACACCAGGCAAAACUGCUUACAAUAGAGAUGGAGAAAGCAAAGCGAUGAGGAAAUGUUGGAUAAUAGUCAGACCAUUCAUGCUUAAUUGCUGCUACAAUAGUCUCCUCUGCGUUGUUGCUUCUUUCAGACUUUGGGCUUCCAUAAGAACAGCCCUGUAGCCGCCCUUCCAAGUUGGAGCAGCCACAUUUCUUGGUGAAGCAUUUGUGCGUGCUCAUAGUACCAGCCCAUCUCCUUCACUUUCCUGGUGGAGAGGAUGUGAGGACCAGGCCAGGGGAAGGAAAAAAGAGUGACCUUCCCUCUCACUCCUACAUGCAAAUAGGUUGCUAUAUAAAGGGCUUUAUAAACUUUAUUAACAGAAAUUUUAGUACAAACACCAGGAAUUAAAUGACUGGCAUAAUUUUGUGUUUCAUAAGAAAAAGGAUGUUAAGGAUACAAUGAACAAGAGAAUAUCAGGAGGUUCUUUUUCAUGCCAUAUAGACAUUGUUGAAAUAUAGACCAUGGAUCUAGCAUGUUUGUGAAAGCCACUUGAUUUUUCAAGUGCUUUUCACAGAUUUGGUUGGAAAUUUCAACAAACAUUGCAGAAAACUGCAUCAGCUGAUGCAGAAUACCCUAACCAUUCAUGUUUCUGAAAGCAUUCUUGUUGGAAAGUCCUGUUCCCUCACUGUUCUCUGUGAGUGAAGUCUAAUGUAAUGUAUUGGCUCCUCCUUCCCAGAGAUCCCCAGAAAUAUCAGGCUCAAAAGCUUGAGUUUGCCUAUAGAUCCAGUCCUUUCUUGCCUGCAGUCUGCCCUUAUCUAUGUACUGAACCUCUUUGCUGGAUUAGGUAUUUCAGUUUUACAUUCCACCAGAAAAACCAACAUGUCUAUACUACAAGUUUAAGGAAGGAGGAGGAGUAGCAUGAGGCAUAACUGCUGAAGACUUGAGUCAAAUCCCUUCUCCAAAACUACUAGUUGCACUGGGAAGAAAUGGUGUCAAUAGUGGAAUUUCCCCCCAGUGCAAAUAACAGUCUGAAAGGAAGGAUUUUCCUUAGGACUUUGCAAAGAGAGAAAAGUGUUACAUCCCCUGCCCCGUGCCUGUGGCGAUCCUGUUAAUUAUCACCCACCCCCCAAAGCAGGUGCCACGUGCUUUUUUAUUUUCCAAUGUGCAGGUUAAAUGCAAAGUGGCAUUUUACAUCAUGUUUACUUUGGCCCUCAGAGGCAAUUUUAAAAGGUGUGCAUCCUGAAAGCUCUUUGCUGCUUUCAGUGGUAGACCCAGUUUCUUUCUUCUUAACUCUAAUUUUCCUCUCUUUUUUCAUUUUGUGAACCUACUCAAAGCCCAUAUCUGUCAAAGAUCAGGUGGAAUAAAGGGUCCCAAUUUUAAGGACAUUUUAAUAAAAAGACAGAUAGAUGUACCCUAACUGCUAUCUAAACCAAUAGAACCACAGAGUGGCACAACAAAGAAGUGAUCUGUGAGAUUGUAUUCCUCAUAAACAAGAGCAGAGAGUUGCAGGUGCAGAGGAACUCAGGAGCAAGGCAGAUUUAGCUGCCAGCUAGUCUUAAGCAGAAGCAAGUAUAUAAACAAAAGGAAGUGCUUCUUCACAUAGCACCAUGGCUAUACUAUGGAAUCUGCUACCAUAGGAUGUUGUAAUGGCUGCCAUCUUGAAUGGUUUUAUAAUGGAGAUUAGAUAGUCAUGGAGGGUAUGUCUCUCAAUGGCCACUAAGAACGAAUGCUCUGUAUUACUUCAGUAACCAGAGGCAGCAUGCCUGCAAAUACCUCUUGCUGUGGAGCUCAAGUGGGGAGUGUCUUUGAGUUCAUGUUCUGCUUGUUUAAAGAGAAUGCUUUUCAACAUUAGUAGUAACUGAUUGUCAUCUUUCAUAUUUUGAUGUGCUUUUAAUCACUGCUGAAAUAUUUUAUGUUAAGUAGUUUAUAAAUUAUUAAAACAAAAUAAAGGGAACCCACAGAUGGGGUGGAAUAGUAUUGGCAGUGAAGCUUGUGACACCCUCUUUCAUAGCUUCCCUCCUUGCUGUUAACCCUGGGAUUGGCGCUUUCUGUGUGGAACGAUGUGGACAGAAACCAUUAGAUUUAUGGAUACUUCCUUAGAGAUGAUGCAAUUUUUUUCUUCUAAUGAGCCAGUUUGAUUGCUCUCCCCAUAACCUUUCUAUGACCUGCACAGCCAAUUCCAAGCAAGGAUUCCAGUUCAAAUGGAUGAGUUCUGAAUAAAUUGAUAGGUUACAAAUGGAAAAUUAAUUUGGAAAUCAAUCAUGUGCAUUCACAACUAAAACAAAAGAGUUUAAUUCAUUCAUAGCCUCCUUCCAUUUAUUUACUGCUUAACAUGCUGUCGGUCAUAAGCAAGUGUUUAAGAGGAGCAGAAUACUAUAUGAUUUUGAGAAAACCCACCAGCCUAGAUUGUGAAUGUUGCUGCUGCCAUUCCUGGUGACUCCAAGAACCAUCAUUCUGACCAUUGGAGCCUUAGAGCUCACAAUGAAGCCACUUUAUGUCUCCUUUCUUGGGUGUUUCAUCUUGCAAAGAAUUAGGACUGAGCUGUGCAAUAUUCAGUCCCAUCUUUGCUGUCGUAUAGCACUGAUGCUUUUGAGCACAACUGAUUUGCCGAUACAAAACUGCCAUUGUCCUUUGCAAAAUGCAACCUCAAGAGCUGCCUUUCUACAGAACAAAAAGGAAAAAGUGAAAAAGUAAUAAAGCCAUAAAGAAACUCAACCUGCCUUAAACUUUGUGAGCUUUUCAAUUUUAUUGCUAAGUAUGGAAAACUUAAAGCCUACAUUCCUUGGCUUACAUGCAAGCUAUUUAUUAUUUUUGGUCAGAUGGGAGCUUGUGCAUUUGUGGAUGGGGAAGAAAUGGAAACUUGAAAGCCAGCAAAGUCUGAGUUAACAUGCACACUCGUAUUUGUGGAGAGGAGGGCUCUUCAUAACAGUCUAAGAAAGUUAAUUUUAAGAAAAUAAGAGACCUUUCUUAUGAAUGUAGACAAAGAAAGUUUAGAACAACUCUGAAAAGGGUGGGUGGAUUCUCACUCCAUAUCCAAAUAUAUACAGACAAACCAGUGGUUGUAGAGGACACCACCUGGCAUGUUCCGACAGAUUAUUCUAAUGUGGGUUUAGUGUUGGUGAACCAAAUUAGAAUGAGUGCAUGUGACAAAUGAUUCAGAGGCUACUUUAUCACCAAUUGUAAUGUGAGGAAGCAAGGACGGCACAAAGCAAUCUCGACAACUGGUCCUCCAACCAACAGGCAGAGUUUUGUGAACAGAGAAGUACAACCUAUUGAACUGAUAGGUCUGAUGCCUUCGUUACAUAACUUUUCUCUCAGGCAUAUGGCUCAUUAAACAAACUAUGGCUCUCUCUCUCUCUCUCUCUCUCUCUCUCUGUGUGUGUGUGUGUGUGUAGUAUUGUUUUUAUGUGUCACUAUGCUAUGUAUUUUUGACUCUGGAAGUUGUGCCGUUGAUAUCUGCAUCUAAAUGGCAGAAGGGUUAUUGUGAAUGGUGGCGACCAAGCACAGUGGUACCUCGGGUUAAGAACUUAAUUCAUUCUGGAGGUCCAUUCUUAACCUGAAACUGUUCUUAACCUGAAGCACCACUUUAGCUAAUGGGGCCUCCUGCUGCUGCCACACGAUUUCUGUUCUCAUCCUGAAGCAAAGUUCUUAACCCAAGGUACUAUUUCUGGGUUAACAGAGUCUGUAACCUGAAGCGUCUGUAACCUGAAGUGUUUGUAACCCGAGGUACCACUGUACUCUGGUUUAAUCUUCUCAUAAUCAUUACCAUAAUCUAUUUUCUAUAUACUUUACUUUUUCAUAUAUAUUUAAAAGGUUGAAUAUUUCCCUAGCAAUUGAAGGACCUGGUGCUCCUUAUAUUAAAAGAAGCUGUAUGUCCCUCUGCAAAUAAUUGCAACCUUUCUCCCUUACUAUACUAGUUAAAUUUAAGAUCCUCUCUGGGUGUUGAAAGAGAAAACAAUGCUUGGAAGCAAGUGUGCAUGUUUUUCCAUACUUCCUGUUUGUCUUCUUGAGUUAGCUUAAUCACAAAAAUCCCCAAAAGUUUUACAGAACUAAAAGCUAUCAAACUAAGCAUCACCUGAUCAUUCAUCUGCAUUUUAUGAAAUAUAUAGCAGCGAGUGUGGAGAACAAUACAAGCUUUACAUAAUGCUUUCCUUUAACCUCAGGUGUUAUAUACCAUAUGUUAAUACUUAAAGUAUUAUGUGGGAAAAGGGAGUGCAUUAUGGGGCCCUUUCAGAUCCCCCCCCCUUUGCAGCUACACCUACCAUUUGGCAUAGGAUACAGGCAGCAGAGGAAAACUCGAGGGGGGGUUGCCUCAGUUGCAGCAGCUGCAAAACAGAUGGGAAGCUGACGUGAAAUCUGCCAGAAAUCUCCUCUAGGUUUUCCACCCAUUUUCCACCAAAGAGAAAACAAAUCUAGGUGAUAUUAUGAAUAUAGAUCCCAAGCUCAAGAUGGGAUGGAAUCUCUUAAUCCUGGCUGUUAGAAAAGUGGAAAAUAAAUUCCUGCAAAAAAUAAAACAAAAUACUGCUUUGGGAAUCAAAACAAUCAAACUUCACAGAGACAACAUACCUAAAGAGUAUCCAGAACAAGUUGAUUUUAAUAGAAAACAACAGGGAAAGAGUUGCACAUAACAUAACACGAGGCCAUGAAAUGAAGGACAGGAACCAGUCAAAUGUAUGCAGGAGUUUAAAAAUCAUACAUCUGCUAAAUGCACAUUUCCCCCAUAGCUUGUAAUUGCAUGGCAUUCUUUGCUGUUCAUUCAGUACAAAAAAUUAUUUAUCCAAGUGAAAUUCUGCCAUUAUUAUUAUUGCUAUCAGGUAUGUGAACCAUAUUAAUGGGGCUUGUGAGUCUCUCUGGGUUUAGCCAGAGGUAGCUUAGGCUGCUCAUAUAGCAGAGAUGGGGAAGGAACCUGUGGCCCUCUGGAUGUUGCUGAACUCAGAUCGCACCCCCCAGCUCCACCCCCCAGGAUACCUGGCCAUGCAGAAAUUGCAUAGCUGGUGUAAUGAUAUUGCUAAACACCACAUUAGCAUUAAGAUUUUAUUUUAUUUUAUUAUGUCACAAAGCCAGCUGAAGCAUUGUCCUAACUCAGGAACGGUGCUGGAAAGCUGAACACAUCUCUUCCUCUUUGCAAAUCUUCCUGAAAAUUAGAGUUCUUUUCACAGGAGCCAAAGAUGUUUGUGAAAAGUGACUCCCUUUGCAGUUUAGACCUGUAUCAAAGGAUGAAACCAAAGGGUCGUGGAAAAGAUGGCAUUUUGGGAAGUUAAUUGAAGAAACAGAGAAGUUUUGUGUUGUGAGGCAGGGGAAGCAAAGAGUCUUGGAUAUAUCAUGUUUUGAAGUCCACUCUUUUUAGAGCGUUCUCUCGAAGAAUCUCAAGCAGACAUCUUGCACAUCCCUGUAAGUACUGUAGGUCUGUGAAGUUCUGCGUAACACAAUAGAAGUAGUUAAGUGGGACUGCAACUUGAUAGAAAGCCAGAUAAUUGUGGAAACGCAGUCACUAAAAGUUUUAUAAUUCUGUUACAUAAGCGUUGUUACCAGGACUUUGUGGUUAAUGUCUAACAUUUCUAUGUACCUUUCCAAUUUUAGAAUUUAUUUUGUUUGUAUUAGCCUUAUAUAUGCCCUUCUUCUCUUGCCGUAUUGAAUUUUACAAUGUGUUAAAGUAGGCAGAAAAUUUUAAAUUAAAGUAAAUAUAGUUAAAAAAUUUAACAGCCCAAAACAUUCACAAGAAUAACUCAUUUCAAUAAGGUCAUAGAUUAGUCAGUGUUUAAUAUGCUGAGCAUAGAAAAUAAUGUUUUCGGUAUGGUCAGCAGCCGUUAGAGAUAACCAGUUUUAUUCAGGAAUUUACUGGCUGGUCUUUGGCAAAUUAUAAUCUCACCCUAAUCAGUGCAACCAAUGCAACAAUAGUGGUAUAUCUCACAGGAUAAUGCAGUAGCUUCCACAUUUAAAGUGAAUGAUAAUUUGUUCUACAGUGAUAAUGUUUCUCCACCACAGAACUUUGUGAGAGCAACUAGCAGCAAGAAAAUAUGUGUUAAUAUAUUUUACGUCUGCUAGAUAUUGCGGAAGAUUUUCCUUUUCUUGUUUUAUCGAGACUAGAUAGUGAUAGAUAAAUUUAAAAGAGGUAGCUGUAACUGUGUGUCGAUGCGACGAUUAUUUGUUUUUUCAUGAAACAGAGACCAGUUUGGAUUCUACCAUUAGUCAGUGUUUAGCAAUAAUUUAUGCAAGAUAUUUUACUCUACUCCAGACAUUUCAUUGUGUCACAACAUAGCCCCAUAAAGCAAAUGAGAGACUAGGAAGCCAACAAACGAUGAGGCUGGGCAAAACAGCCUCACCACAGUUCAGCUGGGAGGCCUUUGCCAAGAGCAGAUGCCGUAUGACACACGUACAUUCAGUGAUAUGCAAUAAAACUGCAACCCAGACUUUACCCAUAUGCCAGUCUGCCAAGGAAAGCUACUGCUGCUGAUAGAAGCACUGCUGCCAAAAAGGUUUUACGGCAUAGUUUCUAUCCAGUAAUGGCAAGAAUGAAUAGCGAAUCUUCCCCUGUUGCUUAGGUCUCGUGCAAGAUCUUUCUGGCUAACAAAAUGUGACCAGCUAUGCAACUCAGUUUAAUAGUCUUGCGUGCAAUAUGCAAAGCGUUUUUCAGUGACAACCAAACCACUCAAACUGUAGUAACUGUCCAACUAGCAGUUUAUUUAUCAUUGAGAAAAUGCUUCAGACUUGCAAAGCUAUCACCAGCCACGUAGCCUUCCCAAACAAGCAGUUCACGCAAGAUGCUGAAAAGUGUGCAAUGCUGUGCAGGGGGGUAGGUGGCAGAGCUGGCCAGGGUGGAUUUGAUUUAAAUCAAAUCAAUUUAAAUCAUGAUUUAAAUCACGAGUCAGACUUGAUUUAAACAAUUUUACAGAAAGACUCACUCUUGCUGGUGUAAUCUUGAUAUUUACAACCAGAGGAAGGUUUCAUUUUUGGAAUAAUAAAUUUUCAGAGUAGUUUUUACAGUUAUCUCAAAAAUUACUGAUUUGGUUAUACUAUUAGAAAUACAUAGACAGAUAAUUAUGAAAUAAUUGUGAGGUUUAGUAAGUUAACUGUUUAUAUUUUCUGCUGUACUUUAUUGGUAGAAGAAAAACAAUCAUUUCCUUAAUAACAAUUUAAGCAAUUUAUUUAACUAAAACAAUAACAUUAUAGCACAUGUAUCCUUGUUUGUUAACUGAUGUGGUUAAACAUAUAUUUUUUAAUAAACUUAGACUGAGUUUUAGCACACAUGAAAAUCUUAAAACAAAUCCUUAUUUCCCGAUGAAUAGCCUUUGGACUAUCAUGUAACUUAAAUAGAAAACUAUCUUUAGAAAGAUUUUUCUGCCCAAAGCAUUUUAUUUUAAAAAUCCAAUUUAAAUUUUAAAAAAAUCUGAUGUAAAUAAAACAAUCCAUUUUUGUUUUAAAAAACCCAUUGAUUUUUAUCCACGCUGGAGCGGGCAGACUGAACACAGUCCAGGCAAGUGUAACUGAGUGGACCAUCCUUUGGGCAGGGCAGGGCAAGUACAGCCUGGGCAAGCAGAUAAAAUGGCAGGCUACACGAACUAAAGAGUCAGAGCAGAAUCUAGGAAUGUGACAUACUGUGAGAGCAUGGGUGGGGAACAUGAGUCCCUCCAGCUGCUGUUGGACUCCAGUUCCCAUAAACCCCAGCCAACAUAGCCAGAGAUUGGAGGUCCAGCAAUACCAGGAGAGCCACAGAUUUUCCCACUCUUGCGCUAGAGCAUAAGGAGCAGAACUGCUGACCCAUCCAGUCCAGCAUCCUGGUUACCCAGCUAUUUCUAGCGCAUGAGCCUUUUACCAUUGAUGCUCACCUGCAACUGUGUUUCAGAGAUGUGCUACCUCUGAACUUGCGAGGUUCCAUAAACUCCUACAAUGAUUAGUAUCCAUUGGGGACUGCAUCCUCCAUUCAUAUUUUUCUAAUCCCCUUUCAAAAUGAUCAAGCCUUGUGACCAUCAUUGCAUCUCGUGGCAGCCAAUUCCAGAAAUCAAUUGCAUGUCAUGUGGUGGCAUGAAUAAGUGCUUCCUCUUGUCAGUCCAGAAUCUCCUGACAAUAAGUUCACUGGAUGACAUCAAGAUUUAGUCCCCUCCCCUCCACCCACCCACCCACAACAAGCCCCAAAUAUUGUAGUCUUUCCUUGUAGGGAAGGGGCUCCAGCUCCAGAUAAUUUUGGUUCCCUUUUCUGCAUGCUUUCCAGCUCUACAAUAUCCUUUUUGAGAUAGAGACCAUCUGAACCAGUAAGUUCAGGUCAGACAGAAGACUAUAGCCCAUCCCAUUCCCUAGCUGACCGUACCAGGAGGUUGAAUUUACCAGUAGGUCUCUCAUCUGGUAUAACAGUCACAAGGCUUGGAAAUGCAUCACUCAUAUGUAGAUCCAUUUAUGUUUUUUUUUAUUUAUAAGAUAUUUAUUAAGAUUUUUUUAAAUAUUACAAUAAAAAUGAAAAAGAAAAAGAAAAUACAAAAUAAAAAUGAUUAAAAACCACUCAAUUUUUCCAUUGCUUAUUUUUCCUUAGCUUGUUUCCCGGACCUCCUCAUACCUCCCUUUUUUGUAUUCCAGUUCAGUUUGUUGGUUCAGCAAAUCCUUACCCUCUUUAUUUGUCCUAAUCUUUGGUCUUAAAAUAGUAACGUUAGAUUUUUACCUCUUAACAACCCAUUUUUCAUAUUCCCUUAAAGCAUUACAGCUGGAAACCACUUAAUUUCUAUCCAACAUCAUUCUAACAUUCAUUAAUUUUACAAUAUUUCUGUAGAUAAUCUUUGAACUUCUUCCAAUCUUCUUCCACCGACUCUUCUCCCUGGUCUCGGAUUCUGCCAGUCAUUUCUGCCAGUUCCAUAUAGUCCAUCAACUUCAUCUGCCAUUCUUCCAGAGUGGGUAGAUCUUGUGUCUUCCAAUACUUUGCAAUGAGUAUUCUUGCUGCUGUUGUGGCAUACAUGAAAAAAGUUCUAUCCUUCUUUGGCACCAAUUGACCGACUAUGCCUAGGAGAAAGGCCUCUGGUUUUUUCAAGAAGGUAUAUUUAAAUACCUUUUCAAUUCAUUAUAUAUCAUUUCCCAGAAAGCCUUAAUCCUUGGGCACGUCCACCAAAGGUGAAAGAAUGUACCUUCAGUUUCUUUACAUUUCCAACAUUUGUUAUCGGGCAAAUGAUAAAUUUUUGCAAGCUUGACUGGGGUCAUGUACCACCUGUAUAUCAUUUUCAUAAUAUUCUCUCUUAAGGCAUUACAUGCCGUAAACUUCAUACCUGUGGUCCAUAACUGUUCCCAGUCAGCCAUCAUUAUUUUAUGUCCAACAUCUUGUGCCCAUUUAAUCAUAGCAGAUUUCACCAUUUCAUCCUGAGUAUUCCAUUUCAACAGCAAGUUAUACAUCUUUGACAAAAUCUUAGUUUUGGGUUCUAAUAGUUCUGUUUCUAAUUUUGAUUUUUCCACCUGGAAACCAAUUUUCUUAUCCAAAUUAUAUGCCUCCAUUAUCUGAUAGUAAUGAAGCCAAUCUCACACUUUGUUUUUUAAUUUCUCAAAACUCUGCAAUUUCAGUCUAUCUCCGUCUUGUUCCAGAAUUUCCCAAUAUUUCGGCCAUUUGGCCUCCAUAUUGAGCUUUUUCAGAGCUUUUGCUUCCAUCGGUGACAGCCACCUUGGAGUUUUAUUUUCCACAUAUGUAGAUCCAUUUAUGGCAGGGAUGGCCAAUGUGCUGCUCUCCAUCAGACACUAGGUUACAGUUCCUAUUGCCCUUACCACUAGCCAUCUUGGCUGGGGCUGAUGGGACAAUUUCUGGAGAGCACCAUGUUGCCUAUAACAACACACACACAAAAAUAAAAAUAAAGUAAAGUAAAAUCUGGAGGCACCUGUUCUUAAGUAAAUAAGUCUGCCAUUUCAAAUAGUAAGAUUCAGGAUGGCAAUGGUGUUUAAUAUGCUUUGCAUGAGAUUUGGAAAAAAUAUGACAGGACAAUUAAUCAAAUGCCUGCUCCCCUGAUUAAAAGAAAACAAAACAAAACACCCAUAAAUAAUUCUCAAACCAGAAAUGCAACCCAGGAUAAAGUGCAGAUUGCAACAGCUGUCCGUGAGAGACGUCCUCAAAUAAUGGCUGGUGCAGGCUUACCUGUUUCCUAACUUCAACAGGCUUUGUUGAAUCUUGCAACAAAGUAUUGACUAAUGGAGCACAGGGGACUGCCUUUACAAAGACUCUAAAACACAAGGAACUUUUAGGAAUGAAGAGGAAGAUGGGGCUAUGAUUGUUCCUGUCAUUCUUCCCUCAGGCCAACAAAGUUGUCUGUCAGCUCCUAAGCACAUAUUUGCGCUGGCUUUUAGAGGCAGGCAGGGUGGAGCUGUCCAGCUCUGCCUUCCUUGGUUCCCAUAGGAUCUCAUAGCAGUUGUUGCAGCUACAGGACAGAUAAGGAUCAUGAUGCCCAAAGCAAACCUGCACACUCAGGGCUUGUAGGCAGCCAUUCGAGGAGGCUGAUCUGCACUGUUGGAACUGCCUUGCCUUGGUGCACUGCCAAAGCCUACUGGCAUUUCCUGGAAGUAUAUGGUAAGCUUUCUAUUUGUACGUGCCAUUAGGGAGGAGGGCGAGGUGCAGAGUUCCUUUGAAUUUCAUUCUUUGGCCUUCAUAAUAAGCAUUUUACAUGCUGUAUUGGUAGAGUUUGUUAUAUUUGUCUUUUUUAUAUCCUGUUUGCCUUUCAACAUUUCUUUUAAUUUUAAGAUGUAUAUCAGCAGACAGGCCUAUGAAUUUUCUUUCAUAGAAGUUUCCAGUGACUUUGGCAGUAGGGACAAUGAUUACUGGAAGUUCUCAAUGAAAACUAAACCCCUUUCACUCUACCCUCCAUAGGAGCUGGUUAUAAUCCAAACCAUUCUUGUCUGCUUAUAAGAUCUGCUGUAGUUAUGGUGUUCUUUGGCCAACAAGGCCAUCUCAGGCAUGCCAGUGACUCAUCCUUCAGCGAAAGUCAUAAAGAGACGGCUUAUGAGCUUGUCUGCUUGGAAGUUGAUGCAGGUUUCUAUUUAAAUCAGCAGCUGAAGUGUGAAUUUAUCUGUGACAUUUUUAAGAUGGUUGAUGAAGCCAAAAGUUGACUAGUGAUUCUCAUGCUGAACGCUAGCUAAUUUUGGAUUUACAGCAUGCAGCAUGCCAAGAUUAGAAACAAAUGGAUAUAAAAUUUGGGCGGGCAGGGUAAUCUGAUACAUGGGUCAUAGUUUGCUUUAGGGCCACUUUGCACGAUUCUUAUGUGUAGGAAAAUACAUGUGGAAAAAUAAAUGUGUAUGUAUUUUUCACAUGUCAUAGGGGACAUGGUUUUUCCUACAAGGCAGUGAUGUCCAUGUAGGAAAAUCCCAAUUCAUUCAAGCAGCGGCAGUCAGCUAAUAAUAGUCAAAUAGCAAUGAGCUAGCUUUCAAAUGUUAAUAAGGGAAAGGCCUUCAGGGAGGUGCCGUUCUUAUGACAUUGCUUCAUUGAGAAAGUUAUUUUAUAGUAGAAGGUAUCUUGCCUGGUGUAAAAAGAGAAUAUAAAAUGGGCAGACAACUCAUUGAUCCAAAGUGAUCACAAUCCCAAUGUAUUUUAGGUUAUAGAGCCCUUCUUUGGAGGAAUGCUUAGGAAAAACUAUUAGAACAAUCUUAUAUUUAAAUGUUGCAAGUUUAAACUUCUUUCAAACAUAUCCCAAAUGACCUUUACAUAAAACAGCAGGAUGCUAAUCAUUGCAUCCAGUCGUAUUGCAUAUGGCAAAGAACGCGAAUAACAAAAAAACCUCUUCCCCAUUUUAAACAGGGUGUGUUUGAAUGGUGGUUGCAUGAUGGUUAUUUGAGAUAUAUUUGUAAAGACAUCUGUGUAGGUGAUUCAAGGUAUUUGCCUCUAGCAGCCAGAGCUGUACCUGCAGUACAUAAGAAGGACAUGGGGAGUCAACCAUGCACCACUUGUGCCUUCAGUAGGCUGUAGCAUUGCAAGCACCCAUGAAUUUGACAGAAUACCGCCUGCAUGACAUUUCCUGCCUAUACCAAUACUUUCUGAAUCCUAUCUGUACAAUACCAUCUCAAAUGAUAUUUUCACCUUGAAUGUUUGCUUCCUAAUAAAGCAUAAACGUAUCAUGGCUCCUGAUUUGAUCUUUCAUUUAUUUCAGAUUCUCAAGAGGGAAAUUACAAAUCAGAAGUCAACAGUAAGCCAAGGAAGGAAAGAACUGCUUUCACCAAAGAGCAAAUCAGAGAAUUAGAAGCAGAGUUUGCUCACCACAACUACCUCACCAGGCUGCGGAGAUAUGAGAUAGCGGUAAACCUGGAUCUUACUGAAAGACAGGUAUGAAUGGAAAAUAAAUUAAUGGAGUUCUAAGUGCAGGCAAUUACCUCAGACCAGAUCUAUCUCAUUUAGAAGUAGACAUGAUAAUGUGUGGAACAGAAUAAAAUCCUAACAUGACAUUUAUGUUAUGCAUAUACAUACUGGAUAACAUCAAUGUUAUCUUUGAAACAGAUACUUAUAAAAUCAGUUAGCACAUUGUAACAGCCAUGGAAAAUUAAUGAGCUCAGUUCCGUGUCUGCCAGAAUAGAACGAAUGCAUUUUCAGAUUGUCCUUUUAACAUUCAUCCUGUCUUCUGUGGGUUGUUGGUUUUUUUAAAAAGUUUUAUAAGCAUUUACAACAUGAAUGCAUUUAUCUUCUUCUCCAGUCCUGUUUUUUAAAUAAAUCCCUAUCCCUCCAUACGCACACUCUAUUAAUUCUAGCAAUUCAAACAAAACUGGUGAUAAUGUUGACCUGUGACACAGGGUAGGGUGCUGUCAGGCAUGUUCUAUACAUGUCUGAAACCUGCUUCUGAAAUGUGAAUGACUGCUGGGCAGGAUUAUGCAACUGCUAGGAAAAUCUUUACUCUCUCCUUUAAGUGGCCCUGAUUCUAUACUGGCUGCUGCCAGUCCAGUACGUCUACCACAGAAAUGGCCACAUUCAUCAAAGUACACAGGAAGUUAUUAUUGAGAAAGUAAAAUAAAAGGCAAAUUUACUCAAGGCUUGUCCCAGAAAGGAUGAAGGAAGUGAGAGAGAUGGCGAGGGGGUGGGGAAGAGAGGAGAUGCUAAGCAGCCAAGAGUGGCUACAUGGUUAUGCUUCAGUGUUCAGAACAAAAGGAAUCUGAAGUGGUAGAAGCUGGAAAUCUGGAGACAUGGGGAAAGAGGGAAGAAAUCGUGGGGGAUGGGUGGUGCUUAAGUGAAAUAGUACCCCCGUUUGUCCUUAUGCUCUGUCCAAAGCCUGUCAAAGGGAGGGAGAAGGGGAGAUGUAAGGGAAUGCUUGACUUUAGGUUGAGUGUGGUUUUUGACAUGAAUGGGAAGGUUACAAAAAAGUGCAGUGCUGCGAGUAACUAAUUCAUAGAUGGCAAGGUGGUGCCUUUAUUGAGUCAAGACGUGGAGGUGAUUUGGCUGCAGCAUGUCCAAAUGUUUUCAGGCCAGCAUCUAGAGGACAGGUCCACUUUCUAUUGUGUGCUCACAGGCUCUGCAAAUGCACACUGUUCUGGUGUGUCAGUUCACAUUCAGCUAACAGCUAACAUUCUUGACAAAUGAAGGUGAGAGGAAAUAUUAGAGUGGACACCGAAAUGGGAUGAUCUGGUGCUGUAAUAGGGAGAACAGUUUCAGAAAACAGGGAAGUUCUCCAAAUAUAUAUUAAAAACAGGUGCCAACUGCUACUGGUGGAUAAUGCUCACCUGCCCCAUUCCUGUUUCUGCCCUUAAUCCUGUGUUUAAUGCUCACCUCUCUCUCUCUCUCUUAACCCCCCCACCUUUUCCUGAUAAUAUAUAAGGUAAAGGUAAAUGACCCCUGGAUGGUUAAGUCCAGUCAAAGGCGACUAUGGGGUGUGGCACUCAUCUUUCUUUUCAGGCCUAGGGAGCCAGUGUUUGUCCACAGACACUUUCUGGGUCAUGUGGCCAGCAUGACUAAAUCGCUUCUGGCGCAUGGAGGACCAUGACGAGUGUCAGAGCGCACAGAAACGCAGUUUACCUUCCUGCCUCAGUGGUACCUGUUUAUCUACUUGCACUGGUGUGCUUUUGAACUGCUAGGUUGGCAGAAGCUGGGUCAGAGCAAUGGGAGCUCACCCCAUGGCGCGGAACUGAACUGCCAACUUUCUGAUCGGCAAGCCCAAGAGGCUCGGUGGUUUAGACCAUAGUGCCACCUACGUCCCACACCAAACAACACUGAUGCAGCUUGAGGAAAUUAAGUUGCAUGUGCACGAAGCCUUUGCUUUUGUAAUGGCACUUAAUACAGCACAUUCUUGGUGUUUUUCAUGUCUCUUCUUAAAAAGAGUAGAGCAUGAUGAGAUGAUUUCUGUUUCCCAGAGGCAAUUCUUCAAAGGUUUCAAUUCAAUAUGCUGCAGAGGAGUAAUUGAUCAUAUUUUUGCUGCAUAGCUUGAGACAUGACAGAACCAAAGGAGCUCUCAAAAGAGGGGUGGGGGGAAGCCUCCAGAACUGCCAAGACAAAGAUGCUUCUUAAAUUGUCUUUGCUAUAUAGCUGUGGCAGCCUCCAGGGAAAUCUGGAAUGCAAAGAGCUGGGCUUCUUCUGCUUCUGCUUCUUCAUUUGCUUUUUAAAGGUGGAUAGCAGUUGUACUAAAUUAGCUUAAAGUGUUGCACAUUUGUCUUUCUUUUCCUUUUUCUAUAAACUCCCUUCAAAACCACUUACUUGCGUGGUAGUCCAGGGAAGGGCUGUUGCUCGGUAGGUAGAGCACAUGCUCUGCCCAUAGAUCCCAGCAGGAUCACUCCUUGCCAUCUCCAGGGUCUGAAACCCCAGAGUGCUGCUACAAGUCAAUGUAGAUUAACACUCUUCAAACUUCCCUAGAUGUUACCAUUAUCCACAACCUUUGGCUAAAUUGGCCAGGGAUGAUGGGACUUGUAGUCUAACCAUAUAUGGGGGCACACAGUUCACAGAAUCAGAGAGUUGGGAGGGACUCCAAGGAUCAUCUCUUCCAACCUCUGCAAUGCAGGAAUCCUACCCACAGCCAAUCCCUGUGUGGGUUUGAACCACCAACCUUCUGGUUAGCAGCCAGAUGCACUGACCCAUUGUGCCACAGGGAAGAAACUAAUAUAGGCCAUACGGAGCUAGGUGGACCAGUUCUGUGUCAAUAUAAUAAGGCAAUUUCCAAUGCUCCUACUUCAGUAGUGCUAUACAUCAGCUACUAAGAGCUAAAGAGAAGAGAUGGGUCUUCACAGUAUGAAAAGGGUGGCAAAUGUCCCAAACUCACAAAGCCUUUUAUGAAAGAAGUUUAAUAAAAAAAUUAGCAAGGUUCUAGGCCUUCAUGGUAGCUAAUAUUAUUUACUUAUUUGUUUUAAUAUAUACACACAUACACACACCAUUUUAUUGUAAUGAAACCUCUAAAUAUUGAGAUGAUCAAUACAAAAGUUAAAACGAGGAAACAGGUUUAAAAGGUAAUUGAAAUUAACAGUAGACCAAAAAGAGAUUAAAGCACAUCAACAUCCACAUGUCUGGAUAAACAAAUGUUUUAAGCAGGUGCUGAAAAGGAUACAGCGAAAGCACUUGCCUGGUGUCAAUAGACAUAUAGAGUGUUCCAUUGAGUAGGUGUCAGCGAUCUUUAUAUAAUACCAAUAAGUAACAUAUUGAACUAGACUGUGCAACAAAUUGGCAGCCAGUGCAGAACUCUUAGCAGGCUGACAUGGUCUCACUCCUGAUAGCAAUCCGAGCUGCAGCAUUCUGCAUUAACUGCAAUUCUGGUGCAACAGAAGCUCCACCUAAGAGUGUUUUGCAGAAAUCCAAUAUAUACUUAUUUAACUUGCCUACAGAAAAUCCUACCUUCUCAGAUUAUAUUGUUGUGGUGGUUUAUUUAUGUAUUAACUGUGAUUAUCACUUGGCUUUAAAGCAAAGGGAUUUUUAGGGCCCAAUCGGGAGUGAUGAAGGACAUCUGAAAACACAGAUUCUUGCUUUUGGGGUUUAUUUAAAGACCAAAACUUCCUAGAGGGCAAUUCAGAUAAUAGCCAUAGUGCUGGACGAGGGGAAAAUGAAGACGGAGAAAGGUGACAAAAAGAGGCAUACAUUUCUGUAUGACUACUUUUUAACAUAGUCUGCCAAAGAAUAAAAAAUUAUCAGAUUCCCAUGAGACAUGUCAUGUACUUAUCUAUCAGAAAACAUCCUAGAAUAAGCACUAAAACUUAAUAAAACAAAACACAUUCUUUUAAAACUCUUUAUGUAAAAAAAAAAAAUUAAAAAUAGUAAUAUCACUUUCCAAGAAUGAAUAGGAACCCUUCCCAUUAUGCUAUUUUCCCAAUCGAAACUUGGGCUAAUGCUAGCUGGGUGAGGGGGAAGCAUUUUAACCAAAAGCUGCAUGGGGGAAAAACACAAUCCACCCCCAUACAGAGGUUGGAAUCCAAAUCAUUGCCCCCCGCCUUUGCCCCCUGAAGCUUUCUGAUUGUUUUUUUAAGAUGUAGAUCCUUUUCAUAGAUCUUCUGUGUCACAUCUGCUUUGCCCUUGACAGAAUAUUAAGAAUCAAUGUUUCAUUGGAGUUAAUGAGAAAAAAAGAAAAUGGACUUUACACUUCCCUGUUUGAUAAAUAGAUUCUUCAGCUUGUGGGUGGGCGAUCCACUUUCUACCCACAACAAUGUCCCAGUUUUCAAGUUACAUAGUUCUCUCUCUUUUCUUUCGAUGGACAGGUUUUACCUGUUCUGAUAAAUUGCGUGACCGUCCAUUGGUAAAUGAGCGGAGACUCCACCUGCUUCUUCAAUAUAGGAGGUUUUUUAUAAUGUGUUGCUGGGAGGGUCAGGAAACCACCACAUUUGAAGGAAAGAUCACAAGAAUUAUGGGGUAUGGGUUUUUAUGUUUUAUUUGGUUUCUGAAACGGUGUCCGUUUCCUGCAGCUCUGGCCUUGGAAUGUGAGAUCUGGUCCCAGUGGAAAUGUCUGCUAGCGCUGCCUGUGAGAGAGGCUGUCAAAUACAGUUUAAGCUACAUAUUCACAUACACAAACACAUUAUUUCUCUGGAUUUAAAAGAAAGUCGUUAUUCCAAGGAAAAGAAAAUGUGUGUGUGUGUGUGUGUGUGUGUGUGUGUAAAUAUACAUAUAUGUCAGACUUGAUUUUAAAGCGGUGAGGCAAAUUCUCCACCGACUGACAUGCCGUGCAACUUUAUUUAUUUUUACAGGAGCCACCUGCAUUGAAGUGAGCUUAGGUUUUGACUCCUGAGUAGAAAAAAGCUUUGAUUCAAACUGUUACCUUUUUACUGUUGUCCUGUAUACAUUGAAACAAUGCCUCUUGUUUUUAGCGCCCAUAUCAUAUUCUUCCCCCACCCUCUGAGUUCGGUAGCCCUCUCUCUCCUCCAAAUAAAACAGAUACAGCUAAGAGACUUUUCCUCCGGUGCCUGCUCCCAAAGAGAUGUUCAAUGUGCGGUCAUAUAUUCCUCAACCUAUUUAAGCAACUGCUAAAUCAUCAGUCUGGGAGACCUAAAUACUAACCAAGUUGUUGACUAAGGGGAAGGAAGCUGUGCUUUCACACCACGCCAGUGAGCAGAUGUGCCUAGCAGAUCAGUCCAUAACUGGUGAUUUAGAAAUAGUUCCUCGUGCUGCAAUAGCUCCUCUCUGGAUUAGCCACCCUUUCCACUGUGCAUGGUAGAGUAUAUGUGUGCUUGAAAGAAACAGUAAGAAUCUGCUCAUUAAAAUAAUGAGCAGGUUGAAAGAGGAGACUUCAUUUCAUCAGAUGUUUAGGUUUAUCCAGGUCCAGCUCACGCUUUUCUGUCAAAUGCACAAACCCCUUAUGUAGAAAUAUGGUGAUUUUAUAGUCACUUUCUUGUCCUUCUAUGGCAAUGCAUUUAGUCCGGUACACUAUUAUUAAUUAAAUUUAUGUACUGACCUUCACCCAAGGAUCACAAGGCGGUUUACAAUAUAAAAACACAAAAGUACAUAACAUAAUACCAAACAAAAACAAUACCCCCCACAGUUUGAAAGGCCAUAUAUUGUUUAAUUAGCCAAAGACCUGGGAGAAGAGGAAUGUUUUUCCUGGUUCAAUCAGGUGCCAGUUCAAUCAGAUCCAUAGGUCAUACAUCUCUCUUCACAAAACAGUGUCUGUCAGUUGGAAGUCCAGUUGUCAAGAUUGCUGUGUGCCUUGCUUGUUUCGUACCAUUACAAAGUGGUGCUCUGAAUCAUUUUUUGCACACAGAUUCUAAGUUGGUUCACCACCACUAAACCCAGGUUACAAUAGUCUGUUGGAACAUGCCAGAUGGUGACCUAUAUGACCUGCCUGGGGUUUGAUGCUUUGGAGGUAUGAAGCAGCCAAGCCUGCUAAAACAGCAUUAAUAUGUUAAGAAAAUGUACUUAGUUCCAUUAAAACAACGGGAUUGAUUUCCAAGAAAAUGUGUUAGGCUUGGAACACUUUCAGUCAACAUUUCAUUUGUAUGCCGCCUUUCCAUAGUUCAAACCUUGCUCAAGGCAGCUUACAAUAUUUUUAAAAAUUUACAUAAUGACAAACAUAACUAGAGUGGUCAUAAACAAUAAAUGAAGCAUCAAAACGCUGAACAGUUUCCACGUAAAUCACAAUAGUAUCUAAAAUAAAGAUAAAAUAAUUAAUAUCAAUAAGAGCAACAACCCACCCCAAAUCGCUAAACAAUACCCCAGCACCAUUACAGGAAGCUGAACUGGAAUAAAGUAUCUAGACAGAUGAAUGGUCUUAAUUAAGAAGUUUCUCAAGCAAGUGCUAGCAUUAGGGUGUGGUCCUACUGCAGGUUUGUUUUUCUGGCACAGCCAUCAUCCAUGUUAAUCCUGAAGUUCCAUUUGGAAUAACAACAGAUCACAUGAAGUUCGCAGAUGUAAGAUGUGCAGAUUCAGGGCACAGCACUUUGAUCUGGAAAUGUUGGAGAAGUGUCAAUCAGUUUAACUUCAUGACUUAAACUAAGUCAUACUUGUAAUAGACCCAUUGAGAUCAAUGGACUUAAUUACGGUAAGUCCAUUGGUUGCAGUGGGCCUGUUCUAUGACUAAUACUGGAUACCACCCAUAACCUUUUGCAUGUUUAAAUUGUAGGGUUUAUUAUUAUUAUUUAAAAAUGUAAAAUUGCCUUAAGCAAAAACGUUUUUAGAAAUACCAUUUUAUACAUUUUAUUUAAAUAAAUAUUUGGGAGUUAGGUUUGUAUCAGAAAAGAUCCCAAUUUCAAAUUGAUAAGCAGCUAUUUGCCCAAAACACUUUACAAAAAUCGAAUACAAAACUUUAUAUAAAAAUAAAGUCUGUUUAAUUUUUCAGAAACUGUUAGUAUUCUUUCUCAUAUUCCAACUUUUACUUCUACUAUUAGUAUUACUACUACUACUUCUCCUCAAUAUAUAUUUUGACUUUCAAGCAAGCUGCUUAACUGUUUCAGAUAUGCAGGAACUUUUAGCAAUAGGAUAAAGUGUGGGCUUCUAAGAAUUUAAGAGAAUUGAUUUUCAGAAUUCACACAUCCUUCCUAUUGCUAAAAUGUAACAGGAUCAUGUAUCAGUUCCAUUAUUGACUUGUCACGAAAUCCAAAGGAAGUUCAGAUUUCAUCUCUCUGAAUUUGAUCUGUGGAGGAAAUAGCACAUGAAACAUCCUUUACAGGUUGUUAUAUUUAGCACAUGUGAUAUGUGCAGCUCAAUACUAUUUCUGUUUCAGAGUAUAAUAGUGUAAGUUGUUCUUUAUUAUAAAGUAAAAGACAAGAACUUGACAGUCUAAUGGUGCUAAAUGAAAUACAUAGGAGACUCGGAUUUUAAACGAGUGAUUUACGGUAAACCAUCUGUAACAAAGACUGCAUUUUAAAAGCUGUUAAACUAGAAUUUUAAAAGUGAUACAUUAAAACCCAAAGGAAAAGAUGGAUUUUCCAUCAUUUAUAAAGUUUGAUUCUCUUCAUCUGAUCAUUAUGCAUUUUUUAAAAAAUACAGAAUGCAUUUGUUAAAUAUGGCAACCGAGUACAGGUAAAUAAGAUGAAAAAUGGAGGUCUGGUUUUAUUAUUUUAAAUUGUUGUGCCUUCUUCACAGCAUGGCAUACCAAAAUAAUUGUAAAAUGGAACUUUUAAAGACUUAAGUGAUCCUGUGGAAAUUACUCGACCUGGUUAUCUCCAGCAGGGCAGAAAAAACUCAUGGAGAAUUCAUUUUUCCAGUGGCUCUUGCAGCUCAUUCAAGAGAUCAGCAGGUGACUACUACACCUGCUAAUGCUGGACUGGGUGAAGGCUAAUCAGCUGAUGCUAAAUCAUGGCAAGAUGGAAGCAUUGUGGGCAAGUUGUAUCUGGUUGUUAGAAUUAUGCAAAUUGCCUGUUCCGGUUGGAGUUGUAGGUGUCUGGGGGCACUUCUGAAUCCAUCACUGCCACUGGAGGGCUCUAGGAGUGUCCUUUACCAGCUCCAGAUAGCAUUGCUGCAGUGAUUCAUGUGUUAGCUACCUCAAGACUGCAAUGUGCUCUACAUGGGGCUAUCCUUAAGGUUGGUGUGGAUGUUGCAACUUGUGGAAAAUGCAGUGGUUCAUCUGCUAACUUGAGUUGUUUACAGCAAAUGUAUGAAACCACUGCUCAGAGUGCACCACUGGUUACCAAUUUGCUACCAAGACCAAGUUACCAAACAUAUAAACAACCUGGGAUCUGGUUGCCCAGUUCUUAAGAUCUCAGAAUGAGAUGUGUUGGAACCUGUGAGUGUCAAUCUAGUGACAACAAAGAAAGCCUUUUCUAUUGCAGACUAGCUUGCAGAAUUAUCUCCCUAACCAGAAAUAAGGCAAGCAGCAAUUCUGCUGAGUUUUUGGUGCCUCCAAAUAUAUAUAUAUUUUCACUCAUCCCUCUGCUGGGUAUAGCUAUCAAUUCACAGUCCAGUUGCUAUUGCUAUUACUUUAUUUGUUUGCUUUUAUUGCACUGGCAUAUGUUGUCAUCUGUUCUAGUUUGUUUGUUUGUUUUUUAAAAAGAAGAACAGUAUAAAAUGUUAAGUAAAACUACCAGAGCCAACUUUUCAUGAACCUGGGUGGAGGGGACAUCCUUACAGUUUUCUGGCAAACAUACUGCUGAGCAGCUUCCUAAAUAUAAGAGAACCUCCCCUUUUGUACUCCUUCAUAUCUCUUUGUGGGGUACAGUUUGGCUUUGGAUAAUUUAAAUGAUGACUUUGCUUUAGACCUCUUUUCUAUUGACCCCCAACACAACCGGUAUUAAACCCACUAGAGCUGUUUAUUGCCUAUUCUUCUUUCCUUUCCUUCCACCUGUGGUAUGGUGCAGGGUGUCAGUAAAGAAACAGAGUGUUUUACUGUUGCUUGGAUGUAUUCACCAAAGGGAUAUUAUUAUUUUUUUGUCAUCCAGUAGUUAUUGCCUUCAACCUAUUGAUGCUAGUGAAAGUCACCUUAAAAGGGAAAAAAAAAGACUAAUUGACAUAUCUUAUUCACAGCUUAAAGCUAAUGGAAAUAAAAGUGAAGAGAAGGGCUUGGGGAGAAAGGGCUUGUCUCAUCUUACACAGACCACUUCUUAAUUUUUCCAGAAGGCAUCUAAAUUUAGAGGAAGGCUCAGAUGGUUUAACUUAUGCUUUCUUCCAAGCCUUACAUGUAUGUGCUAGCCAAUGUAGAUUCCCUCAGAUUGACUUAGACUCCCUCAGGCUUACUCACUUCCUCAGACUCACAGGCACUUGCCAAUUUACACCUCUUUUUACAUAUGACCUUUGCAAUUUAGGCCUAUUAUGUUUCAAGCAGUUUUAUCUAUUUUUCCAUUCUCGUUGCCAUUCCUCUGCAAUCUAAAAUAAAAAUACAAUUACUCAAACAUACUUGUACGCUUAUAGGCAGAAACAAAGAUUGCUAAUAAGUAUGACCUGCAACGUCCCCGCCCCCAGUAGAAUAAUGCCAUACAGUUUCUUUCCUAUGAAUUUGUCUAGACUUCUAUCCUAUUUCCAUAUUCUCAGUGUACCUUUGUUACAUUUUAUCCCCCACCCUGAAAGAGUACAUUUAACUUUCCUAUCUUUAGCCACCCUUUGGUUGCCAGACACUACAAAUCAGACCAGAUAUAGCAGUGCCACAAAUUGCAGGCAAGAGUGAAAGGCAUUUAACAUAUUAAGAUAAUCUUUUCUUAUUUUUCCCCUAAGUUCAUUGCAUUAUUCUUAGUUUCCUUGUGCUAGUUCUAUUUUCACAUGCUAGACCAGGAGUCUGCAACCUUUAAGACAAAAAGAGCCACUUGGACCCGUUUCCGAAGAAAAAACAACUGGGAGCCAAAAAACUCGUCAUUAUAAAAAUAGCUUUUUUGUCACUUUUUAAUUAUUUCUUUGUUUGACCCCUCAGAAUUACUCCUCCUCAUAGAAAUAAAUGUUAAAUUAACAAGUUACCUUUUUGUGUGUGUGUUCUUCACUCCCCUUCAAAACAGUGACCAGCGUACAUGCCCCCUUUCAAUGCAGUGACCAGCGUACAUGCCCCUUACAAUGUAGUGGGCGGGCGGGUGGGAAGGUGACGUUGGGACGGUGUGUGACUAAUGCACGCACCGCCCCUAUGCGACGUCACAGCCAGUACAGCGCCCGCCACAGUGGGGAGUGUCGGGGCGCACAAUGCGCCUCCUCCCCUCGCUAGUAUCCACCUCGGAGCCGCGGCAAAGGUGUAAAAGAGCCACAUGCUGCUCCGGAGCCACGGGUUGCAGACCCCUGUGCUAGACUAUAUUAUUUUUCAUCCUUGAACUUGAAUUUUAUGUGUGACCCCCCACCCCACUGAACUGAGCACAUUUGCCUUCAUCGGCCUUCAUAAACUAUUCCUUUCCAACUACUGCUGAACAUAUUUAAGGCUGCAAUUCACAAACCAGCUAACCCGAUGGGCUUGAGUUAAAUAGGCAUUAGCUCAAGUGCCCUGUCUAUGUACACUUGCUCUGGUUUCACUACACAAAAUAUGGUUGAUUGCCUACUAAAUUUUACUAAAAUGGUAUUUGAAUUUGUGCUGCUUUCCCCAUAGAUUAGAUAUUUUCCCCAAACCCCAUAGAAUAAAAUAUGCAAGAUCUAAUUUUAGACACAGAUGAAUGCGGGUUUUUUGAGAUGCAAUGCCUCCCUGGUCCAGCUUCUCCUUCGCUUUCAGUUAUAGUUCAGUGUUGCACUGACCAACUAAUAUUUAAAAGGGAUGGGGAAUCUGUAGCCCUCUGGGUGUUAUUGGACUACAGUUCCCAUCUGCCUCAGCCAUUAUGACUAAUGGUCAGGGAUGAUGGGAGUUAAGAGCCCACCACAGGUUCCCCAUCCCAGCUGUAUAUUAUUCUAUCAUCCCCAUCCAUAGAAAAAUUUAAUCUCUCUCUCUCUCUUUUUAUACAUUCUGUACAUGCAUGUUUAGGCAUAAAUAAUAUUUAUGAGAAAAAGCUGUUGAUAUUUUACAGAAAAUAAGAACUCAUCUGAUUUAUAGCAGAAUGAUAGUCCCAAGCAUAGUAUAGCUUAAUACAGUGUUUGGCAUUAGCAAUACAUUGCUAUUUUACUAGAGGAAAUUCAUUGCGAAAAGUGUCAUAUAUAAUUUUCCACAAAGGACUGCAUGAAGAGUACAAACAUUAUGAGCCCUUUGACAUUGUUUUUGUGAAAGCUUUUGACAGAUGGCGUAACAAUAUUUCCUAACAUCAGAGCAACUAGAAAUAAAUACUUUCCUCCUUAUAUUAGGUUUAUUUUACUAGCCUGCUUCUUUGGCUCUGAUGUGCUGUCUAGAAGAAAGGAUGUGCUGCUCAAGGUUGAGAAGCCUCUAACUAAUUCAAAACCGCCUUGUCCUAAUUCCAGACACUUACAUUUAGUUUAAAUAGCAACAUGAAAACAACACAAGCCAUCAGUUUGAAUUUAGCAUAAAAUUACAUAGCAAAAAAAAAAAAAAAGGUUUAUAAACAAUAUCUGCAGUAGAAUUUGACUUGAUUUCCUUUUUUUUAUUUGUGAAAUAGUACAACUAUAACUAUAUGAAAAAUGAAAAAUAUGCCAUGGCUCCGUUUACUGGUGUCGUAUAACGUUUCAUGCUGUGGCUAAUCCUUGGUGUUUCUUUUUAAAACCCUGAAACAAAAAAUCUGAACCAUAGCCAAGGAGACAGGAACCUCCCCAAAACUUUCCACACUAGACUUUUCCAUGCAGCAGUCCUUGUAGAAAUUAAACACUUUUUGAUAUUCCAGGACUGCAGUAAGCAAAAUGUGUAUUAAAUAAGAUGAAGAAUGGUCUAUUUCAGCUGUGCAAAUGAAUGUCUGUGCACCAGUUAUAUCAAUGGUAAGCCAACAUAUACUGAAUGCAGCUGUGGCACAAAGGAACUUCAGCUGCCCUCUUAGAAAUUAUAAGCAUGCCAUUAUCAGUCCUGUGACUAUUUUAUUGAUGUCCUACAUUGCCGUUUUCUUUUGUUUUUGAUUCAAAGGUAAAAGUUUGGUUCCAGAACAGGCGGAUGAAAUGGAAGCGGGUAAAAGGAGGGCAGCAGGGAGCCGCUGCCCGAGAGAAGGAACUGGUGAACGUCAAAAAGGGCACGCUCCUUCCCUCGGAGCUUUCUGGCAUUGGCGCAGCCAGCCUCCAGCACACAGGGGACUCACUAGCAAACGACGACAGCCACGACAGCGACCACAGCUCUGAGCAUGCACACUUAUGAUAAGACACGAAGGAGUUGCAGCUCUGUUCUCAGGAAAGACACGCUAACGCAGGAAGCCUUACACGGACGUAAUUGACGGAUGCAAGCGACUCUCUCGCAAUUAACAGAACCUUGAACUUAUGGUGUCUGCUACUCUUGAAUUAUUAUUAUUUUUUACAUGAAUUCAGUAAGUGCCACACCUUAAAGUUGCCUUGCGAACAGAAGCAGAAAGACAAGCUUGCUUUUGAACAUUCCAAAUUGGACUGUCAUUCUAAUGACAAUGGGCAGGUAUUUUUUGCUUUAGCUUGCACUGAAAAAAAAUGCCAUUGCUCUCAAAAAAAUAAAUAUUCUAAUAAACAAAUAACACAGUGCCAACAGAAACAUGGUCUAGUGGGUAAGAAAUGUAUUUUAACUCUGUAUAUAUCUACUUUACGGCAUUUUUACUUUUCACUCAUUUUUAGCAACGCAUUCAUAUUAGCUGACGGCAAUAGUCACUCAUGAGAAUUAAAUGGCUUCUUUUUGUCUCUAUUUUGUUUUGUGUCCCAGAGAUAGCUACAUGCAGACCAUUGUGUUCAGAAAAGAGUCUGCUAUGGAAUGUCCUUAUACCACAGACAAAACAAAUCUUAUGUUGCAUUUACUAUCAACUGCUGCUAAUAGGAAAUUAUUAAACCUUGCUCUUCAAAUUUUCUUAUCUUAUACCAGCAAAAGUGUUUUUAAAAAAAAAUAGGAUCAUGCCUGUCCGGAAAAAGAACCAUUGAUUCAUAUUUUUUAUAGAAUUCAUUACCCCAAAUGUUUUACAUGCAUUGAUAUCUUGGCUCAAUUCAGCUGCUGGCCACAGUUCAUCUACUCCUGAGCAGCACCUGAUACAGUCGGUAGAACUGUGGAUAGUAGCUUGUGCUACAAAUUGGAAUGUUUUUUUUUAUUUACAGUAAUGUGAUAAUAUUCAGGUAUUAUAAAGACAGAGUUAACUGCCUCCAUUAAUGGUCACAAUUUAUUAGAUAGCUCUGUGUAGAAAAUGCAAAGGUCAAGGCAUUCCCUCCCCCUUCCAGGCUUUUGUGUACAUACAGUCGAAUAAUACAAUCAAAUUUUACACAAAACAGUGAUUGUACUUGUAAAGGAAAUGUUUAAUAAAUGAUCCUUUUGGAAAUAAUUCUUGCUCUCCUUUGGAGUUUUCAUAGGUAACUCAAAAUGUCAGAACAGUAAAAUGCUCUUAAAAAUGUACCCUAUGUUUGCUUUAGAUAGUGCAAACCAGGUUUUCAGUAUUGGAUGAGGCUUCUACCUUGAUACAUUGGGGAAAUCCUUUCCUGUAGCAGGAAAAAGCAACCCCUAGCUACAGAAGUCUCCAGCCAAGAACAACAAGAAACAUGCUAAACCGUUUUCCCAGAUCUAAGGCAAAUAUUAAAUGGAUAUUUUUUGUGGCAUCUUGUGGAAAAGAAGAAGAAAUUAUGGCUUGUGUUCAAAAAUGUGAUGUAGGCCAAGCAAACAUAUAUUGCAAUUUAAAAUAUUUAAGAUACGUAAGUACCUAAGGCAUAUAAGAAAAGGUGAUGAUAUUAACAGGCAAAUACAUUAUGCAAAAUAACAUGCUAAAAAUAAAAGCAAUUUAUCACAAUACUCCU